AUGGGGGAUGUGCAGCUUGUGACAACAACACAGAUCUCCAAGACCAGCCUGACACUAGGCCGAGGUUCCCCAAGUCAGGAGCCUCCAGCCUUCACUCUCCCACCCCGCAAUGCACGGGUCAGUCCGGGGGGGACAGCGCGGCUGGAUGGGAAGGUAUGGAUCUCUCUCUCUCCUUCCGUCUCUCAAAAUCCCCUUCUUUCCUCCUGACUUUGUACUGAUUAUAUCUGUUUCUUUUCAACCCGCCCCAGCGUGUGUGAGUUCUGCAUGUUGCAUAAUUUUCAUUGUGUUUGGAGUGGAGGUGCUGAAGCGGACUUGUUGCCCUUGGGUCAAGGCCUGAUGUUGACUCCCACCGCCUGUUAGCAGACAGAGGCUGUGCCAAGACUCCUUACUGUGCUGUUAACUGAGCACUCCUUGGCAUCCCUCUCUGGGCAUCACUGGGUUUAGGGGUUGAUUUGGGAUUGAGCAUCAGUCUCCAGUUAUCAGCUGACUCAAUGUGGUCAUUGAAGAGCAAGAAGGCUUUGUACAACAACAAAAAAAGAGUCUGAGAAUGCUUUUCCCAACAUGUAAUUGAGGCUGACAGACAGUACUGUCAGGUCAUUACAUUUACAUUACAUUUUAGUCAUUUAGCAGACACUUGAUUUAUCCCAAUGGUCCUUUUGGAGAACACUGCUUAAAUUUCCCAUUUCAAUCUGAUUCAAGCAUGGUUAAUUGUUAUCCUAACAAAGGAAGAAAACUCUUCCCAUUUUUAAAAAAAAGUUUACAAACCGAUAAAUCUUAGGCUAUACUUUUAAGAAGGCACUUAAAAAAUUGGGAGGAAGUUAUAGAGGUAGAUUAAAGGUCUAUCAUGGGUGAAAUGCUAGUCAAGAAGAGUAAUAUAAUAUAUGCCAUUUAGCAGAUCCAAAGUUACUUACAGUCAUGAAUGCCUACAUUUUUGUAUUGGUGGCCCCAGUGAGAAUCGAACCCAUACACUACCUGCUGAGCCAGACAGGACCACAUAAUGCAUUUAUAAAGAAUACUUUAUUAUUUUCAUAACUAUACCUCGAGAGUGUGGGUCUUUUGUUGUCUAUUCUUUAUUUGUUAUCCCAAAACAUGCAUGAUUUACACCGUCCACUGCACAUGUCAACAUCCCAGUCGAGCUACACCAACUCUCCAGUGGACUUGCUCCAUGUUUGGAAACGUUCCAUGUCGCCUUAUGAUGUUUUGACAUCCCCCAGAGGAUCGCCUCUGCUGCUCAUAUGCCCUAGUCUCAGUUCUUGUAAAGUCUCCCCACUGCUUUCCAUGUUAAAUGGAUAGUUCACCCAAAUUACAAAAUGACAUGUUGGUUUCCUUACCAUGUAACCAGGCUAUGGACAAGGUAAUCCAUGCUUUGGUUUUGUUUAUCUGGCCACUGUCUCCAGAUGCUAACAUUUUAUAACAUUUUGUAGUUUGGGUGGACUAUCGCUUUAACAACAUGAAGGCAGUGUUAUGGAAAUGCAUUGAGUGGGCUCUCUCUCUUAGAUUGGAAAGGAUAUGUGAUUAACAAGACUGUAGUGUUACAGAAAGCAGGCUCCUGUCACUUUGUGUUCACCUCCACUCGACCCAUCCACCUGGUUUUCAUUUGGCUUCUCUGUCUCUGAUUUCGUUUGGUCGGAAUGUUAAACCGUGUAUUUUUCCAUAUAUAGACACACCCUAUGUUUGAAUAAAAACAACUAUAUGUAGGCUACUGAGCUUGUCUGAUGCUUUAAGCACUGAAAUAAAAAUGAAGACUCACAAAUUACUAAAGAGGGAGCCAGAGAUCAACAUAGUCUAACCAGAAGGAAAAAACCUGUUCUGACCCGACCCCCCUCCUCCCGCUGCUGCUGCUGACCUAUGCAGAUUCUGCCAUUAAGCUCCGGAAGUUGCCGGUAAUAGGCUACACCAGCGGUCGGCAACCUUUUCCAUUAAAGUGCUAAGUUAUCGUACCAUUUCUACUGCGUGCCAGUUAUGAUUUUCAUAUGCACAUUUUCAUGGAACAGUUUCAUUUCAUUUAUAAUAAAGUCUUCAUAUCUCAAAAUCAAUGUCAAGUGGUUAAUAAAAAUGAUAUCUAAAUGAAAUGAUACAAAUCUAAAAGUAACUUCUAUUGCCAUUUCCAAUAUGUAAAAAUAACCUACAUGAAGCCAACGAAUAAAAACAUUGCAGACUGCAGGUAGAAAAUAUCCUGAUAAAAAUAAAUAUCCUAUAAAUCACAUUGGCCUGUCUGCAAAGAACUUGAAACAUUGUAUCAAUUAUUAACUUUCUAGCAAAAUUGCAGCAUUGUAUAAAAUAUUCUGGGCCAUCAGAGUUUCCUGCGCCAGUGAGCUGCUGACAGACCGACACAGCUGUAGGAUAUUUGCGCAAGUGAUAAGAUGUAAUCAGGUAGGCCUAUUUAAUGACGUUUCCACCAGAUCAGAGCAUAAAAAAUGUCUCCCCUUUCAUGCUGAGUGGUUAUCGAAAGAGAGAACUGGAAAGAUUUUUCAAAUAGGCUACAUUGAGGAACUGUUGUCAUUCUCAAUUGAUGUAAAAACAGACUUUUGUUUACUUGCUGUAUGAGGCGAAGAAAAAAUUACUUUGAGAAGCUCCACAGUGAUGGUGAGUUAAGACAAUCGGAAAUAGGAUCAGAUCCCCAAAUGGGCACAUUUAUAGGCCUACAUUUGCGCGCAGGCCUGGUAGCCUAGGCCUACUUCUAUGCGUAAUCAGGUGUGUGUCCUUACUCAAGAUUGACAGGAGCGCUCCAAACAAAAGACAAUGAAUAAAUUGACAACUCGUAAAUUAAAUUAAAUAAACCAAAACUUUUUUCUCACAAGUGUAGCCUAGGUUGUGCGCUCUGCAAACAACGUGUCCACUCCUACAAUGACAAUGGUAAGACUGUAAUAAUAAUAGUAAUAUAUUGAAUGCAUUAACAGAAAUUACCGUAACAAAACAAACAUUGUUGAUUAUAAAUUAUGGUAAUUAAUGGUAAAUGUACUACUGGUGAGACUGGUGUGCCAUCCCCGUGUGCCAUCCCCGCAAUGGAUUAGUCCACUCAGACAUGUGUGAAUCAGACAGGUGUCUCCUGUGCCAUAAUUUUUGUAUAUAUAUUUGCCACUACUCAACAACAACAAAUCUUGGUCGACCAACAGCCUAUCGACCAAACAAUCGACCAGUCGACUAAAUGGGGUCAGCCCUAAUCCAAACUACCUGUUUCUUUUUUGUUUAAAAACGUUGGACCUAAACCAACCAGUGCUCUCGACUAAGAUGCAAUGGGAAUGUAAAAAUCUCCCCUAUCUUCAACUUUAUCCGGCUUCUCUAACUUACCAUCUUUGCAUAUGUGUAGCCGUCAAUGAGCUUCCACAUUCCGUCGAUUUUUGCCUCUAAUGUCUCAUGGUUCUCUGAUUACUCUCGCUGCCCGCAAACCCUUGUGGUCUGCUCCUAAAACACAGCGGGUAAGGCAGAGGAAAUUGAAAUAUAAAUGCCGCUGCAGAACCUGCCACUGCUGUCUGGAGCCAGGGAAGCUGCAGGAGCAUAAAGCUGAAUGCCUGGGACUGCUGAGUGAGUUAGAGAGGAGAACUGGACUGGCUUUGUGUCCAGUGACUGUACCUCAGACGCUCUGUCAGAAUCCAUUUAGCUGUGGUCACAGAUGCUUAACACCACAGAGCACCACAUGUUCACUGAGUCCAGGUUAACAGUGGCCAAAAUGGCUGCCUGCCCUGAGUUAACCUGGCCUCUACAACAACACUAGGACCAGGCUGAUGGCCAUAGCAGUGGUGUCAUGCUUUGAGUAUUUGAUGAAAAAAACUAAAGCCACUGCUGGUUCCUGAUUGUUAGAUAAAUAUACUACCUUGUUUAGCUUUAUGUGGUCCUCUGUAGCUCAGCUGGUAGAGCACGGCGCUUGUAACGCCAAGGUAGUGGGUUCGAUCCCCGGGACCACCCAUACACAAAAAUGUAUGCACGCAUGACUGUAAGUCGCUUUGGAUAAAAGCGUCUGCUAAAUGGCAUAUUAUUAUUAUUAUUAUAUACAGACUUGUUACAUACAGUGGGGAAAAAAAGUAUUUAGUCAGCCACCAAUUGUGCAAGUUGGCCCAUUCCUCCAUGCAGAUCUCCUCUAGAGCAGUGAUGUUUUGGGGCUGUCGCUGGGCAACACGGACUUUCAACUCCCUCCAAAGAUUUUCUAUGGGGUUGAGAUCUGGAGACUGGCUAGGCCACUCCAGGACCUUGAAAUGCUUCUUACGAAGCCACUCCUUCAUUGCCCGGGCGGUGUGUUUGGGAUCAUUGUCAUGCUGAAAGACCCAGCCACGUUUCAUCUUCAAUGCCCUUGCUGAUGGAAGGAGGUUUUCACUCAAAAUCUCACGAUACAUGGCCCCAUUCAUUCUUUCCUUUACACGGAUCAGUCGUCCUGGUCCCUUUGCAGAAAAACAGCCCCAAAGCAUGAUAUUUCCACCCCCAUGCUUCACAGUAGGUAUGGUGUUCUUUGGAUGCAACUCAGCAUUCUUUGUCCUCCAAACACGACGAGUUGAGUUUUUACCAAAAAGCUAUUUUUGUUUCAUCUGACCAUAUGACAUUCUCCCAAUCCUCUUCUGGAUCAUCCAAAUGCACUCUAGCAAACUUCAGACGGGUCUGGACAUGUACUGGCUUAAGCAGGGGGACAUGUCUGGCACUGCAGGAUUUGAGUCCCUGGCGGCGUAGUGUGUUACUGAUGGUAGGCUUUGUUACUUUGGUCCCAGCUCUCUGCAGGUAAUUCACUAGGUCACCCCCGUGUGGUUCUGGGAUUUUUGCUCACCGUUCUUGUGAUCAUUUUGACCCCACGGGGUGAGAUCUUGCGUGGAGUCCCAGAUCGAGGGAGAUUAUCAGUGGUCUUGUAUGUCUUCCAUUUCCUAAUAAUUGCUCCCACAGUUGAUUUCUUCAAACCAAGCUGCUUACCUAUUGCAGAUUCAGUCUUCCCAGCCUGGUGCAGGUCUACAAUUUUGUUUCUGGUGUCCUUUGACAGCUCUUUGGUCUUAGCCAUAGUGGAGUUUGGAGUGUGACUGUUUGAGGUUGUGGACAGGUGUCUUUUAUACUGAUAACAAGUUCAAACAGGUGCCAUUUAAUACAGGUAACGAGUGGAGGACAGAGGAGCCUCUUAAAGAAGAAGUUACAGGUCUGUGGGAGCCAGAAAUCUUGCUUGUUUGUAGGUGACCAAAUACUUAUUUUCCACCAUAAUUUGCAAAUAAAUUCAUAAAAAAUCCUACAAUGUGAUUUUCUGGAGAAAAAAAAUCUCAAUUUGUCUGUCAUAGUUGACGUGUACCUAUGAUGAAAAUUACAGGCCUCAUCUUUUUAAGUGGGAGAACUUGCACAAUUGGUGGCUGACUAAGUACUUUUUUUCCCCACUGUACAUAGUUGCUAACAUGUGUGCACCACCACUGCUACCUGUAAUGCUCCACAUGUCUAGGUCGCUCACACAGGAAACUAAUCGCUCCUCCAUGCGUCACCCUAAUCUAUGGGUUUAUUUUCAUUUGUCUAGAAUGUAUUUAAGAUCUUAACAGAUUCCAGUUGUAUUGGAUGAAAUGUGAAUAGGGACAAAUCAAAAGGAUCCUAGUUAUGGUUGCAAAAGUCUGGUAACUUCCCCCAAAUUCCCAGGUUUUCCAGAAAUCCUGGUUGGAGUAUUCCAGAUUUCCUGCUUAUUUCUUUCGGAUUCCUGGAAUCUUCCAACUGGGAUUUCUGGAAAACCAGGGAUUUUGAAAAAAAAUUUGAAGAAAAAAUAAAAAGUAAUGUAAGUCGAUAAGAGCGUCUGCUAAAUGACUAAAAUGUUAAUGUAUAUUUUGGGAAAGUUGCGCUAGAUCCAAGUAAGUCUCACCCUCAUAAUUCCCAUGCUAAAGGAUACACAGUUCUGACUGCUGUCGUGACAGUCCCCUGACAUAAUGUAUGGAAGCGCGUCAUUGAAUUCCUCUGAAAAUAUUGAGAUGGCCUGAAAAUAGCUGCGUCGAGCAAUUCUGGUCAUUGACAGCAAUACCUUUUUUCUGAGUUUUCUUAUAUUUCUCAGAUAUAGGAUGGACACCUCAAUCUUGUUUCUUAUGAUUAAUUAUUUUACUGUAUAUUUUGCCAUUUAUUCAUGUGCUAUUCAAUGCGUUUCUAUGGGCUAUAGGAGUAAAGGCCAAAUUCAAUUUUUCGGCCCAAAAAAUAUAUAUAUGUAUUUUGUUAUACCUAGAGGGGUCCUAAAAUUGUAAAUCAAAUGGCUAAAUGAUACAUUUUAUGACCAUUUUAAAACAAUUCCAUACGUUAGUUUAGUAGAUAUUGCGAUUUAAGGACUUAGGCCUACAUGGGUUAAGUCUGGAGCUGUUUCCUGUGAGUAUAGAACAAACUGUUGCAUUUGAAGGGGCUCCAGUUUGGGGAAACUAUUCUUGUAGAACCCCAUUAUAGCACUCUUGUCUGAGAUACUGAUAAUAUACUGUAGGUUCAUACACAGAGAUCCUACUAUGUAAUUCUAUGGGUUCAUAUAGGUUGAUGUUGGGUAUAGUCACCCACUGUGAUAUUGAAACUACUUUAAUUAAGUACAGCUAACUUGAAUAUCGUUAAUAAAGCUUUACUGUAAAACAGACAAUGGAAAAACUUUCCCCAGGCAGACUGCUCGUCUGGUUCACUUCUGUUCUGGCACAUUAACAAUAUGGAUAAAACUGUUAUUUAAAGUUCCUAAACACAGACAGCUGUGUCUGUUCCUCUCUUGCAUUCUUGCGCUGCACAUUGGACCAACAAUAACAAUACCUUCAGCUCUAAUUCUCUAGCUCUUUCUGUAAUGUUUUGGCGUUUUAACCUUCAUACAGUAAUAUUUGUCUGAUUCUAACACAAUUUUACAUUUCCAUUACUGCUAAAUGUGAGACAUUACUGUUGAUAUCAAACUAACGAUAAAUCCAACAUCUAACUAAUGUAAUUUGAAGCAUGUGUAUUUUUGUUUUGAGGACAGUCUAGCCUCUCCACUUCGUAGUCCUUUGUGAUUGAUUGGUUGGUUGUGAUGAGGGUGAGAUAGCCAGCAGUGCAGUGUCUGAUUUAGUGCAGCCUGACUGUCCAGUGCUGAGCAGACCUGGGUUCAAAUACUAUUUGAAAUCAUUUCAAAUACUUUAUCUGUGCUUGGUUGAGAUUGCAUGGCUUAAUGGACCAAUAAAAUAGUCCCAAAACUGUAAACUCUGCCCAUCUGCAACUCCAGGCAGGCUAGAACAAAUGCUCAAAGUAUCUGAAAGAAUUCAAAUAGUAUUUGAAUCCAGGUCAGGUGCUGAGACCGAGUAGAUCAAUGGAAUGCGUCUUCAUAGGGAUUAAAAUAUCUUAGUCUUGUGACUUGCUUCCUGAGGAAUUUAUUUUUUCAGAGCUACUGGAGCAGAAACCAGUCAGCUCCAGUUCUGCUUGGAUGAGCUGAAACAAUGCAGAAUUUUUCUCCUUCAACAAUUACAAUAUGGGCAGUUUUACAGUAGUACCUGAAACUGUGACGGCGCUAAAACAUGGUUGUGUGCUGUGAGAGAAUCUUGGUGAAGGAAUUGUAGAAAUACCCUAAGACGAUAGGUUCUUCAGUAUCAAUGUGAUGAAACACCUCAGACAUCUGCCAGCCAAAUGCUACAGGCACGCACACACACAGACACUUGAGGCGGCCUCCCACCACCUAUGAUUUACAGAUCUUCAAACAAGGGUAUCAAGUGCACAGAUGUUUCCCGGCUCCCAGGAGGAGGUAAUGUGUCAGGGAGUUUGUUACUUUGUUCUGUUGCUGUCCCAGGCAGCAUCCAUCACUACUGAAGGCAAGAUCCAUCACCUCUCCUUAGGACUGCAUCCCAAAUGGCACCCCAUUCCCUAUAUAGUGCACUACUUUUGACCGGGGCCAAUAGGCACUAUAUAGGGCGGAGGGUGCCAUUCUUAUGCUUGUCCAGAUUGGAGCCUUUUCAAAUGUACUGUGUUGCGUAGGGGAAACUUGAUUUCUCUUUUAUCAGAACUGUGCACGUUCUACUCUAGUCAGUGUUUCAGCCCAAUGCAGAUGAUCAUAUGGUAUCUGUCCUGCUUCUGGAGCUUUCUGGAAGGAGUUAGGCAACGAUUAUUUGUCUCCGGUCUUUGCCCAGGGGAGCUACUGGCUCUGCUAGGUUUCAUUGCAGAGGGAUGUUUGUGCUGUCUCCUCUCUGUUGAUGUUCAAUGGAAAAGAAAAACCAGAAGCUCUACCAGAUCAGAGUUGGACAAUAUUGAUGUGUAAAUAAGUGUCCUGUGUGGCUCAGUUGGUUGAGCAUGGCACUUGCAAUGCCAGGGUUGUGGGUUCGAUUCCCACGGGGGACCAGUACGAAAAUGUAUGCACUCACUACUGUAAGUCGCUCUGGAUAAGAGCGUCUGCUAAAUGACUAAAAUGUAAAUGUUGGUCAAUGGGCGGUGUUUCAGGAUUACUGAUGUGGCAUAAUUGCAUCCUCUCCUAAAAAGUAUACACGAAAUACAUUCAUAAUAUGUUUCCUUUGCCAGAAUAGCAAGUGAAAACUCUUACUGGAAUUGUAGUUCCAUAUAUUCUACAGUAGACAGUGCAGUUGUCCAUCGCUAACCAGCCUAGUGUCACCACAUUUACAGUACAUGGCCUUUCUCUUCCCGGCAGGCACGGUUUUUGUCAUGCUCCAGAGCCAUGUUCUCAAUGAGAGGGGAUGCUCCUGUGAAGACAAGGAAUGUCCACCAGCAUGGAGGCAGGCAUCUGACAUGCCUCCAGCCUCUCUCUCCCCAGCCUCCUAGUCAUUUAAUGGCCUUCCAAGGGAAGAAAAAUGCUAUAUUACAUAAUUACGAGCCAGUAGGAAAAUAUAGGGGGAACAGCAUGCGAGGGAGGCUGUGAAAGGUAUGCCGCCAGAAACCUGAUGGUGGCUGAAAGUGCUCGCCUAUUGAAAGCAGAUGUGGACCACUGCUAGGCUAUUCCUACAAGGCUCCACCCUCACUCACCGCUCAGCUCACUCCUCUGACCAGUGUUGGAGAAGCGGACAUCUUUCUUCUUCUGCUGGUUACAUUCAAAUGUUAUAUUGGUUAAUGGCGUACAUUGUCGAUAUUGGCUACAUUUUGAAGGCCUUCUUCAUCGUCUCAUCCAUCCACUAGCCAUUGUUAGGAAUGGUAGUUAAACACUGGUGAUUGUCUUUUGCAUGUGUAAUUCAUAGCAGCUAUUUGGCAGUGUGGCUUGACAGUGUCAGCGAAGCCAGGAAAAAUAAAAGCUUGAUGUGAUGAAGACAUCAGGUUUUGUUGAAACAACAGUCAAAUACUUCAUUAUUUUCCUUGCAAUGGAAUGUUAGUUCAGGAUUAAACAUUAACUCCAUGUCCUUAAGUGAUGUGGGAUUCCUCACCAUCAUGUGGACAGUGGCUAUUCACAGCACUGUGAGAGUCAACUUAUUGAUCACUCAACAUCAUCAAAUGACCAGACAAUGCUCGGUUGUGGCGUUAUCAGUUUUUCUAUCUGGGAAUAGGGUGCCAUUUGGGACGCAAACAUACUGUAUUCUGACCCCAUCCAGUGGUAGAAAUCACAACUUUGUGUGAUGUAUGCUACGAUGCAGGUGGGAACACAUGAAUAGGUUCUGAUGUAUGUCCAUUGAGCCAGCGGACAAUUAUUCUCCUAGAGUCUCCGUCAGAGGCCAACGCCAGCAGUAAUCCACUGCAGGUGUCUUCCAGAAUACAAAGUUGAAAAGUCAUUCUGAGUACAAGACGUUAGAGAAUUACUGGGACAAAUAAACCACAGGCCUAUUUCUUGGGGAAUGAAAAAGACAAGGGGUUCGUCCCAAAUAGCACCCUAUUCCGUAUAUACUGCACUACUUUUGACUAAAGCCCUGGUCAAAAGUAGUGCACUAAAUGGGGAAUAGGCUGCCAUUUGGGACGUAGACAAGAAAACAACAGAUCAUGUUAUUGAUUUGGAGCAGCGACUGGUCUAAAGACACGAGGGAUCAAAAUGUCCUUUCUAGUUGCUUCACAUGGAAACAGUGCUGGUGGAAAUCGCUGCUUAUAUGAUUAAACUAACAAACUUUGUAGCUUCCCUUUAAUCAGUUUCUCUCUUCAUUACGAGGGGAUCAAGACCGCUUUUAUCCCAUAAGAAUUAGCCUUGUUAUAACAAGCAGUACCCUUGUUGUGGUGAUACAUUGGGUUCCAGUAGCAUGACUCAAAAAGAACUAGAGAGAAUAUUCCUGGCUUUGUUCCCUUUUUACUUGUCUUCUUCUUGCAUUCUUGGGUAUUUUGGUAGUCUUUAGAAGCUAGGUUCAUAUGUUCUGGCUGGAUCAGCAAUCAGGGCCCCUCCUCUGCUGUCAGUGCAUUGGACCAUAGUGUUGUCACAACCUUUGUUUUCAACCCGUAUUCUCUUUGUACUUGUGUCUGUUUUCUGGCUUGUAGAAACUUGACUCGGUGUGUAAACAACCCAGUGUUUUUCCUAUACUCCGCAUGUGAACUUGGUCAUUUGGGAUGUUUGAGGCCCAGAGCUUGACCACAAGAAGCUUUAGGAACGAGAAGUCUGAAGUCUGCUCGAAAUUUCUGUGGCACUGAGCGUCAAGCAGCUGAGUUUUCAAGGAAAUGCCAGUGUCUGUUUGAUUUAAUAACGACUUUAAACCUAAUACUGCUAUUUUUGGGCAAGCCUUCGGAGGACCGGGUACAACAGAGGUAAUAUUUGAUUGAAACUGAGUGAGGCUAGUUUGACAGGCUGGAAUGUGAGUGGUCGAUUACAGAGCAAGGCUGGACUUUCCUGCUUUUUUAGCUUGCCUCAGAAUUUUGUGUUCCAUAUGGAGUCAUUCUGUUAUUUACUAGCUGUCGAGCCAUAUUCAUUUGCAUGUUCAAUCUGAAAUGCGUUGCAGCGGUUAACAAUUUCGCUUUCUCAUUUGUUUUUCUGUUAAUUCAAAACAAGUUGUCUUUGUGAGGGGCUUGUAUUGGAUUGCAGAGUUUGGGUUUACCAUGGUUCUCCUCCGAAAUACAAUGUUUAAAGUCCCCGGGGUGCAAGGCGAGGAUUGUUGGCAUGCCACCAGUGGAAACACAGAGUGGGAGAGAGAAAGAGAGCCCAUCCACUGUCCUUAUUAGCUGUGGCCUCCGCCUGCAGAUUUGUGAUGCUUCAAAGACUUCUGAGAAAACAAGCUGUAGUGAGAUUAGGGAAGUCAACUAGAACUGAGAUGAGUCAGAGAAAGGUGGGAAACCUCCUUUCAGAUAUACGGGGAAUGUUAGAGGUGUUUAACAGAUCUUCUGUACCUGUUCAUCUCUGCUAGUUAACUUCCUGUACUGUUUCAGCACCCGUGCUGUACUCCACUCUUGACAAGUGGCAUGUUGAGUGAUGGCUACUGACCUGGGCCAUGUCGGGAAAAGAGCAGAGAGAGAAUUGAAAUGUCAGAAAGGACUAAGAACUUGAGUAAUGCAGUAUGCGCUAAGGAAAAGGAAAGAAGUUGGGGAAAUUAGGUUUAGUUGGAAACCAUAACACAGGGAUAAUAAAACAAUGUAUUUUUUGUAUUCUAGGAAGUAGGAAACAUUGAGGGUAAUCAGUAGCUUUCCAUUUCACUUGCUAGUUACUGAUAUCAAUGCUUAUCAUUUGUGUUUUUGUAAAUAUCAUUGAUUUGUAUCAGUUUUAAUUAGGCUAUGGGCCACUGAUUGUCAGUUUCACACACCCAGUGAGUUCCUGUGCUCUGACUCCAAUUGUAUUGAGAAGAUUAGGAUAAUGAAAAUGGUGGAAGUGAACACACACUAUGCAUUUGUGCCCACAUAGAGAUUGUCACGGAGCUGGUGCCCUAAUAUUUUGACCUGCUCAUUAAAAACCAAUUGUUGCUUAUGAAAACCGUUUGUUGAUUAUGAUAAGUGUUAUGUUCAUGGAAAUGUGAUACCUACACUGAGUGUACAAAACAUUAGGAACAUCUUCCUAAUAUUGAGUUGCAACCCCUUUUGCCCUCAGAACAGCCUCAAUUUGUCGGGGCAUGGACUCUACAAGGUGUCGAAAGUGUUCAAUAGGUAUGCAAGCCCAUGUUGACUCCUAUGCUUCCCACAGUUGUUAAGUUGGCUGGAUGUCAUUUGGGUGGUGAGCCAUUCUUGAUACACACGGGAAACUGUUGAGCAUGAAAAACCCAGCAGCGUUGCAGUUCUUGACACAAUUGUCUCAAGGCUUCAAAAUCUUUCUUUAACCUGUCUACUCCCCUUCAUCUACAAGUGGAUUUAACAGGUGACAUCGACAAGGGAUCAUAGCUUUAACCUGGAUUCACCUGGUCAGUCUGUCAUGGAAAGAGCAUAUUGUACAUACUGUAUGUUUCUAUGGCUUAUUUCCCAUCCUCACUGUAAAUAAACGCCUCUUCCUGGACAUUGCACCGCUACCAACUUGUCUGAAAACCUCCACCAUGCCACUUCACAGGGAUAAUAUUGUUGAUUUAACCGUAUCAACUGUUUUGUUUCAACCAUGACCAUUAACCACUGAUGCUCUAUUAUGUUUUGUAUAGUUAAAAUCCACUGAGGUACAUUCAUCUAUUCCCAGGUGAGAGGGCACCCUGAGCCCCAGGUCACGUGGUCCAGGAAUGGGAAAGCAGUGAUAGCUGGAGAGCGGUUUGUCAUGGAACAGAGUAACCGUGGAACAUUCAGCCUGGUGGUCCAUGGUGUCCAGGAGGAGGAUGCAGGGCGUUACACAUGUGAGGCCGGCAACGAUGCUGGGAGCCGCCAGGUCACAGUGGAGAUCACUGUAGAAGGUACAGCCGCAGCUCCUGUACUGUCCAAUAAACAAUGUCCCAAAUGGCACCCUAUUCCCUAUAUAGUGCAUUACUGUUGACCAGAGCCUGCGAUAGGGCUCUGUCCAGAAGUAGUGUACUAUAUAGGGUGUUAUUUGGAAGGCAACCUAACCCUCUCCAUCAGCCAAUCAGAAAUAAUAGCAUGGUCUGUUGACAAAUAAUUGGGCAGGGUCCACUGCCUUUGUAUCUCCUUUGAAAUGUAGCAUAGACUGUAGACUGGGAAAUGUGCACGGCCUCAAUAGCUCAUGUGAAAUUAAACCAAGACUGCGCCAGGUAUUUUAAACGGCACCACAUUUAUUUUACUCCGUAAAAUAUAUGUCCUAUCAUACGUAUUGUACAUAGGCUUUUAUGCUGUUCCCAAGUGAUGUUUUAACUCUAUGUAAUGAUAGGAAUAAGGUUUAAUAUUUUCUAAUUCCCUGUUCAGAAGGAACUCAUUAGAGUAACCGAUGGCAAAGGCAACAGAGGUUUCGUCCCAAAUGUCCCCCUAUUCUCUAUACUGUAUAGUGCACUACUUUUGACCAUAGCCCUAUAGGCCCUGGUCAAAAGUAGUGCACUAAAUAAGGAAUCUGGUGCCAUUUGGGAUGCUGCCAUUUAUAAUGUCCACAUGGAAGGCUUCAGGAACUUUUUCUUCCUGUUAGCAUAAGUGGUAUUGAAACAUUUUGAUUUUCAAAUUCCUUUGUGUAUACCAUGCCAGCUGUGCCUUUUCCAUUUCCAAUGGUUACACUGUGGAUACUUAGGUUACAUUAUGCAUGAAAGAGGGGGGCUAGCACCUACUACUUUCCAGGGAGAAAUAUGUAAACAUUGAUGUCCUCCACAUUUGUUCAGCUUUACAAGAUCAUAAACAGCUAUUUGGCCACCUCUGGCUCACUGAACACUAACAGAAACAUAUGGAGCAUGCCCUCUGUAACAAGGGGCAUUGUACUGAGAUCUGAAGCAUUUUUCAAAACUGCACAGUGCACAUUCAUUUACAUUACGUGCUGCUGGACUUGCACCAGCAAUAUAUUCUCUGUCUGUCUCCCCAAUGGCACCCUAUUCCUUAUAUAGUGCACUACUUAGGGAAUAGGAUGCCAUUUGGGACGCAUCUGAUGUUUCUUAUUCAUUAUCUGAGGCAUGUUUUCCAUCUCUCAUAGGGAACACAGGGAAGAAAUACAGCCUCCCCUCCUCCAGUAAAACAGGGUAAGAUCUAUGUCUGCGUCCCAAAUGGCACCCUAUUCCCUAUAUAGUACACUACUUUUGACCAGCACCUUAUACACCCUUGUCAAACGUAAUGUACUAUAUAGUGAAUAGGGUGCCAGUUGGAGCGCAUCCUUUCUUUGCAAAUGGUGGUAUCAUGGUGGUAUUUAAAUCAACCUUCCCUGUUUCAUCGUUCUAUCCCUUGAUGUAGUUUAUUUUUUUCCGAAUAUUGUUAAUCAAAAUGCAAUCUAAAUAUUGGGGUGGCUGCGGAUCCGACUUUUUCGGGAUCUUUAGUCCGCUGCACUAAAAGAUCCGGAGCUUCCCGAAGCUUUUGCGCAUGUGCGGAUCACAUUCGUGCAUGUGUAUGUUCUCUAUACGCAGAGAACAGGCUGCUCAGACGAAUGGUAAUGGUGCUCGUUUAAUAAAGUUAGAUCAAAGCUGAAUCAAUGUAUGCAACGGUGGCGAUCUGUGUCAUUUAAGAUUAGGGAGGACGUUUUUUUAAAUGAGCAUUGCCUUAUUUCUAUACAGCAUAUUGGAUGACUGUCAUUCAUAUUCCAUUCAUCCAGCUCAAUGUAACAUCGAUAGAUUUAGGCUACUACAUGAGGUUGCUACAACCUAGCCUACAAAUGAAAAGUUUAUAACAUAGGUGCACAGGUCAAGAGACAAAUUGGAGUAAUCAAGGUGACAGUCAGUGAAACAUUCAAUACCGCCUUGCACACUGCUGCAUCUAGCUGAUCUGGGGUGUAAUGAUUAGUCCAAACAGAUUCAAAAUGUUCAUGCUUAUGUAUGUGAGGGAUUUGUGUCGGAGUGACAGUGUAGUGUGAGUGUGUAUAUGGUGUGUGUAUAUAAAGUCUAGUGAGUGUGCUUUGGGUCAGUGUAAGAUAGUCAGUGCAGGUAGUUCGGGUACCAUUGAUUGACUAUUUAGCAGUCUGGCUAUUUAGCAGUCUUAUGGCUUGGGGGUAGAAGCUGUCUCCGAGCCUGUUGGUCCGAUAGCCGAUGCUCCGGUACCGUUUGCCAGACGGUAGCAGAGUGAACAGUCUUUUCGGUCCUUCCUCUGACACCGCCUGAUAUAGAGGUACUGGAUGGCAGGGAGCUCAGCCCCAGUGAUGUACUGGGAUGUCCGCACCACCCUUUGUAGCGCUUUGCAGUCAAGGGCGGUGCAAUUGCCAUACCAAGCGGCGAUGCAGACAGUCAAGAUGCUCUCGAUGGUGCAGAGGGCCCAUGCCAAAUCUUUUCAGCCUCCUGAGGGGAAGAGGCGCAGGCGUGCCCUCUUCACGACUGUGCGGGUGUGUGUGGAGCAUGUUAAGUCCUUAGUGAUGUGGACGCCAAGGAACUUAAAGCUCUCGGCCCGCUCCACAACAGCGCCGUUGAUGUGGAUGGGGGCGUGCGCUCCCCUCUUUCUCCUAUAGUCCACAAUCAUCUCAUUGGUCUUACUGACGUUGAGGGAGAGGUUGUUGUCCUGGCACCACACUGCCAAGUGUCUGACCUCCUGUAGGCUGACUCAUCGCCGUCGGUGAUCAGCCCUACCACCGUUGUGUCGUCAGCGAACUUGAUGAUGGUGCUGGGGUCGUGCGCGGCCACACAGUCAUGGGUGAACAGGGAGUACAGGAGGGGACUAAGCACGAACCCCUGAGGGGCCCCGUGUUGAAGGUCAGCGUGGCAGAGUUGUUGUUGCCUACCCUUACCGCCGGGGCCAAACUGUCAGGAAGUCCAGGAUCCAGUUGCAGAGGGAGGUGUUCAGUCCCUUGGUGAUGAGCUUGGAGGGGACUAUGGUGUUGAACGCUGAGCUGUAGUCCAUGAACAGCAUUCUCACAUAGUUAUUUCCCCUCUUGUCCAGGUGGGAGAGGGCAGUGUGAAGUGCAAUUGAGAUUGCGUCAUCUGUGGAUCUGUUGGGGCGGUAUGCAAAUUGGAGUGGGUCUGGGAUGAUGGUGUUGAUGUUUGUCAUGACCAGUCUUUCAAAGCACUAAUUACAGAUCUGAGUGCUACAGGGUGGUAGACAUUUAGGCAGGUUACCUUGGAGCUCUUGGGAACAGGUAGGUUCGCAGAUUAGCUUCCCUGAGACAGUUUCUGACAGUUUGUGCAGAAAUUCGGUUGUUCAAACCCACAGUUUCAUCAGCUGUCCGGGUGGCUGGUCUCAGACGAUCCCGCAGGUAAAGAAGCCGGAUGUGGAGGUCCUGGGCUGGCGUGGUUACACGUGGUCUGCGGUUGUGAAGCAGGUUGGACAAACUGCCAAAUUUUCUAAAACGACAUUGGAGGCGGCUUAUGGUAGAAAAAUGUACAUUCAAUUCUCUGGCAACAGCUCUGGUGGACAUUACCCCGAAAUGAUUUGAUAAAGAGAAAAUUUGCACCUGGUGUAUUCUACUAUCCUUACCCUCAAUAGUAAGUUAAGACCCUGGCAGAGUUCCCCUAGCGGCCGGGGACCCUAAGCAACCGCUUAUGGCGGCAGGUAGCUUAGUGGGUAAGAGAGUUGUGCCAGUAACCGAAAGGUCGCUGGUUCUAAUCCCUGAGCCGACUAGGUGAAAAAUCUGUCUGUGCCCUUGAGCAAGGCACUUAACCCUAAUUGCUCCUGUAAGUCGCUCUGGAUAAGAGCGUCUGCUAAAUGACUAAAAAUGUAAAAUGUUAUGCCUGGAACCGACCCUGCAUUGAUAUUUCACCUGUAAAACUUGAAGAAUGAUCAUGCAUGAUUGAAUGCGGUGAUGGUUUUGUCUUACAGUAACGUUAUACUAUGCUAUUAUUCGGAUCGGUUAUGUAGAAUACUGUCUCAUCAUGUGAUCUUGCAGACAUUGAUUCAGCUUUGAUCUAACUUUAUUAACCGAGCACCAUUCACCUGAGUAGCCUGUUCUCUGUGCUUAAAGUAGAGAGUAUAUACACUAAGUAUACAAAACAUUAAGGACACCUGCUAUUUCCAUGACAUAGACUGACCAGGUGAAAGCUAUGAUCAGGUUAAAGAAGGAUUUCUAAGCCUUCUAACUCAAUAUUAGGAAGGUGUUCCUAAUGUUUGGUAUACUCAGUGUACAUGCGCAGAACAUGAUCCGCACAUACGUAGAAGCUUCAGGAAGCUCCGGGUCUUUGGGUGCUGCCGACUAAAGAUCCCGAACAAGUCUGAUGGGCAGCCACGGCCUAUAACUAUAGUGAGUCAGUCACUCAUAUUACUAUAUUAAGUCAUUAUUCAAAUGGAAUUUGUUUGUUCAAGUGGUGUUUUUGAGCAGACACAUAUUUGGAUGCUGAGGUAGUAAGUGGUUGUGUUUUCUCUGACUCCAGCGGGCGGUUUGGAGUUUCAGCCGUGGAGAGCAUGCCCAGUAUCUGGGGGGAGAGCCCCCCCAAGUUUGUGACAAAGCCCUCACGCAUUUUUGUCCGAAUGGGACAGAGUGGCAAGUUCUCUGCCAAAAUCACAGGACGCCCACAGCCCCUGGUUACCUGGCUCAAGGUGAGACAGAACAGAGAGAAUGUUUAGUAAUCUCAGUAACUUUGCCAAAAUGUCCAGGUUUUUCAGAAAUCGCAGUUUUAAUAGUUUUUGAAUUAGGAGGGAAUACGCAUAAAAUCCAACCAGGAUUUUUUGAAAAACUGACAAUUUGGGGAAUGUUGCCAUCUAGACUUUGCAACUCUAGUUGGAACAGAGAUGGCGUAUUCUGUCUUUCAAAUAUGUAGGAUGGUGAGUCUUCAUCUCUGACAUCUCUCUCUUUCUCUCUCCCUCUCUCUCGCUUCCACUUUGUCACUUUUUCUCUUUGAUGGGUGUCACAGGGAGAUGAAGAGCUUCAUACUUCUUCCCACUUCAACAUGUUUGAGAAGUCGGGAGUCCACUUCCUGGAGAUCCGAGACGUGUGUGAGGACGAUGCAGGAAUGUACACCUGCUCUGUGGCCAACAGUGCUGGGAAGGCCACCGCUACAGCAGAGCUGAACGUUCAGGGUAGGGCAUUGCAUCCAAUCACACUGCAGCCAUCAGCCAUCAACACACAGCCCAAAUGUUCCAAAUGGCACUUAUUCCCUUUGUAGUGCACUUCUUUUGACUAGGGUCCACUAUAUAGGGAAUAGGGUGCCAUUUGGGACACAUCCACCGAGUGCUAUAACAUCACAGUAAAUCAUCAGCAUUGCCAGUUCUGAAUAUCGAGUUAUAUUUGGGAAAUUUUUCAGUGUGUAUCCUUUCCUUUUUAGGUUCAGGCAGUGAGGCUGGCAUGUGAGUAUGUAUCUCAUACAAUUCCCUGCAUUGUGAUAUUACUAACUGUGAAUACAUGAGCAACUCUUUUCGUGAGUUGUAUACAUUUCUACCAAAUAAUUCCACAAGAAUUUCUCUACAGUGAAAUAUUCAAUCCUUUGACAAUGUGUUACCUCUACAGCCUAGGUACCUUUGCUCCGGUGGCCCCUGUCCCCAAGACAACUGACUCACCCGAAGUCAAGCACACAAGUAACGGCCUGCUCGCUGACCGGUGCUCACCUACCAAGUCAGGAGACAGGACUGAGACCAGAGAGACCAGAGAGACACUCACCAGGGAGACCAAAGACAGCACAGAGCUGACCAAACCAACAUGGAAGACCACCGUGGCGUCUCCCAAGACCACCGUCGUGGUGUCUCCCAAGCCCCCUGCGGACCUGCCGGACGAGGCCCCUAGAAAGCCUGGGGUGGCAACCCCAAAGGAUGCCAGCUCCACCUCUCUGCAGCACCAUCUGAGAGGCCAGGGGGCUGCUAGGACCAGCCAAGACCCACACAGCAAAGCCCCUGAGAGGGAUACAAGGGAUAGGGUGAAGAACCCCCCAGUGGGAGUCCAGAGCCCCCCACAGCCAUCUCCAGAGCCCACUAGAGAGGCUAGAAGGCAGGCCAGAGAGAGCAGGUCAGCGAGGGCAGCAGUGACUGCUGGAGCUCCACCCAAAUUUGACUCUGUACCUCAGAGCCAGGACACUACAGAGGGGACCAAAGUCACAUUCAAAUGCCAAGGUGAUUCAAAACAUCUUAUGGUGUAUUAUACUGAACAAAAAUAUAAACGCAACAUGUAAAGUGUUGGUCCCAUGUUUCAUGAGCUGAAAUAAAAGAUCCCAGAAAUUGUCCAUAUGCACAAAAAAUGUAUUCCUUUCAAAUUUAUUUACAUCCCUGUUAGUGAGCAUUUCUCAAUUGCCAAGAUAAUCCAUCCACCUGACAGGUGUGGCAUAUCAAGAAGCUGAUUAAACGGCAUGAUCAUUACACAGGUGCACCUUGUGCUGGGGACAAUAAAAUGGCACUCUAAAAGGUGCAGUUUUGUCACACAACACAAUGCCACAGAUGUCUGAAGUUUUGAGGGAGUGUGCAAUUGACAUGCUGAAUGCAGGAAUGUCCACCAGAGCUGUUGCCAGAGAAUUUAAUGUUCAUUUCUCUACCAUAAGCAGCCUCCAACGUCGUUUUAGUGAAUUUGGCAGUACUGUACAUCUAACCGGCCUCACAGCCGUAGACCAUGUGUAACCACGCAAGCCCAGGACCUCCACAUCCGGCUUCUUCACCUGCGGGAUGGUCUGAGACCAGCCACCCGGACAGCUGAUGAAACUGGGGGUUUGCACAACCGAAGAAUUUCUGCACAAACUGUCAGAAACCUCCCAGGGAAGCUUAUCUGCGUGCUUGUCAUCCUCACCAGGGUCUUGGCCUGACUGCAGUUUGGCGUCGUAACCGACUUCAGUGGACAAAUGCUCACCUUCGAUGGCCACUGGCACGCUGGAGAAGUGUGCUCUUCAUGGAUGAAUCCCGGUUUCAACUGUACCGGGCAGAUGGCAGACUGUUUGCUGAUGUCAACGUUGUGAACAGAGUGCCCCAUGGUGGCGGUGGGGAUUUGGUAUGGGCAGGCAUAAGCCACGGACAACGAACACAAUUGCAUUUUAUUGAUGGAAAUUUGAAUGCACAGAGAUACCAUGACGAGAUCCUGAGGCCCAUUGUUGUGCCAUUCAUCCGUCGCCAUCACCUCAUGUUUCAGCAUGAUAAUGCACGGCCCCGUGUUGCAAGGAUCUGUACACUUCCUGUAGGCUGAAAAUGUCCCAGUUCUUCCAUGGCCUGCGUACUCACCAGACAUGUCACCCAUUGAGCAUGUUUGGGAUGCUCUGGAUCGAUGUGUUCCAGUUCCCGCCAAUAUCCAGCAACUUCGCACAGCCAUUUGAAGAGUGGGACAACAUUCCACAGGCCACAAUCAACCGCCUGAUCAACGCUAUGCGAAGGAGAUGUGUCGCAGUGCAUUAGGCAAAUGGUGGUCACACCAGAUACUGACUGGUUUUCUGAUCCACGCCCCUACCUUUUUUUAAAGGUAUCUGUGACCAACAGAUGCAUAUCUGUAUUCCCAGUCAUGUGAAAUCCAUAGAUUAGGGCCUAAUGAAUUUAUUUCAAUUGACUGAUUUCCUUAUAUGAACUUAUUAAUUAAUUUCCUUAUAUGAACUGUAACUCUGUAAAAUCUUUGAAAUUGUUGCAUGUUGCGUUAAACAUUUUGUUCAGUGUUUAUACUGUAUGUAUGUAUUUGUCAUGUUUAGAACCACAUUUUUACCAAUUCACUAAUACCAGUUCACUAAUAGUUCUAAGCUACUUUAUUAUUGCAUAUUUGACCCAUUUAGAUUGCCUGUUAAUGUGCUCUUCUAGUCUCAGGUUCUCCUGUGCCUGGCCUGAGCUGGGUUAAAGAUGGCUUCCCUUUGAGACCCAGAGCAGGGCUGAGCUUCCAGCAUGAUGGCAACACUCACAUCCUCACUGUGGACAACGUCCAGAAAAGGGACAGUGGGACGUAUGGAUGCACCAUUGCUACCAGCACUGGGAAGGUGUCCUCGACUUGGACCCUCACUGUCAAGAGUAAGUACUUAGGGCGUGUCCGAAAUGGCACCCUAUUCCCCCAGCAUUUCCCAAUCCUGGUCCUGGGGACCCCAGAAGGUGCACAUUUGUAUUUUGGCCCUAGCACUACACAGCUGAUUGAAAAGAAUCAAAGCUUGAGUUUAUUAUUUUAAGGUGUGUAGUGCUAGGGCAUUAACUAUAAUGACCCAUAGGACCCUGGUCAAAAGUGUUUGGAUGCAGUCUUACUGUACACACCGUGGCAGGAUAUAAAGGAGAACGGGAGAGCAGUGUUGUUGGUUUUAAUAGUUUGAACUAAAGCCCUUGUUGUGCAGAAUAUUCAUCACAUCAUCAUUUUCAGCUAACAGGUCUAUGGUUGAAGGUACAAUAGCUUAGACUUAAGAGUCUCCACAGUCUCCAGCUCUGCCUUUGGGUAAAUAAGCGUCUAAUUCAUUUCCCCCGGCUGUCUUAAUCAAAACAGGAUAGUGAUGAAGGCAGGCUAAGUGAGGUGAGCACAUCGACAUUUAGUUCAUUCCUCAGCGGCAAUGCUGAUUUGGGCUGAGUUCAACUAAAACGAGACUGUGUUGCUUUUGGACCUGUCCUAAACUGUCUGCUGUCUUUAACCAAAUAAAAGUUGGUUGUAUAUUUAACGAUAAUCAAAGUGAAACUAUUUGGAUAGGUUUUGAUAUCUGGUUGUCUAGUUGUUGUUUUGGUUUGGACUAAACAGACUGGCACCAGUCUACAGUGAGUCCAGCAUUGUUAUCGCUUUCCAUAAUACAGAACAGUGCCAUACACUAUGCAGAUUCAGUUUAUUUUGCUUGAGAUGAGCAGUCUUUUUGUUGGGAGUGUGCAUCCUUUUAGAAAUGACUGCAACAAUUCUUGUCUACCUAUGCCCUCUAUUGGAGAGAAGGAAAGAUUGCAUCUGGUCAUAUACCCAGUUUGCUAAUACCACGGUCGGUUACAUUUGUCAGUCUGGUCCCAAGUCAAGGUAGGUAUUGUUUGCGCCAGAUACUUUAGGCCAAACACUGGGGUAAAGUCUUAUGGUUGAAAUGGGCCAUUAGACUGACCAGUACCACGUAUUUCAAAUGUAAGGCUCCAAUGUAAUACAUUUAGGAUGUAUUCUUAAUAGUCCAUCUGUGUACUCCUUCCCCUGCAGACCCACGGCUGGAGGGCAAGCCUCCUGCGUUCAGCACUGUCCUGAAGGGAUGUUCAGUGAGUGAGGGCCAAGACUUCCUUCUGCAGUGUUCAGUGGAGGGGAAACCUCUACCUAACAUCUCCUGGCUCCUAAACGGUGAGAGAGCACAUCAUUAAACAAUUUUACGUUUGACUUAUAGGCGCAAUAAGAGGACACAACAUACUGAUUUUCCAUCUAAUCGGCUCAGGGAUUCAAACCAGCAAUCUUUCGGUUACUGGCCCAACGCUCUUAACCGCUAGGCUACCUGCCGCCCUGCAUCUCCCCCUGCAGUAACUAGGGAUGCAAAAUUAGAGUAACUUUCCCAUAAUUUCCAACUGGGAUUUCUGGGAAACCUGGGAAUUUGAGGAAAGUUACCGGAAAUGUGCAACCCUAGCAGUAACAGUCACCAUUGUCUAGUAGUUACAGUAUAUCCAUUAUACCCACUAGAGGGGGGUGAUGAUCCUGUUUUUCAAUACUUUGCACCUCAUUGGACGGACAGACGAAAAUCACUUCCAGGGAGAAGUGGUAGGAAUAAAAAAGUCUCUGUACUCAGAACCCUCUUGAACAGAUCAGCUAGGUAAGGGGGUGUAAUUUAUUGGAUGCGUUCCAAAUGGCUCCCUAUAUAGUGCACUAUGGGCCCUGGUCAAAAGUAGUGCAGUAUAAAGGUAAUAGCGUGCCAUUUGCGUGCCAUUUGGGACACAGCCAUUGUAAGUCUGCUACUGCUUUCCCUCUCAGCAUGAGGCCGGCCCAUCGGAGGACCACCAUUUCACAGGUCUGGCUGCUCUGCUGCUGAAGGCUCAUGUGGCUCUGUAGUGCGUCCAGAUCACACACAGAGAAUGUUUAUUUUUCAUCUUUAUCUGCUCCACAUAUAGAGCGUCAGGGGGAACCCCCUUGAAUGUGCAAUUUUGAAGGUCAUGACUCCAAAAUUGAGUCAUGCUAUCCAUAUCCCAUUGAAGUUGACAUUUUAAAUGGUUAAGGUAAGAGUUAAGGUUAAGGUUAGGGUUAGGGUAGGGGUUAAGGUUAGGGUUUAGCGCUGGGAGUAGGGAUGUCCUAAGGAACCCGAAUAGCAAUAACUAAAAUGAAAGCUUAGCAUGACAAUUGAUCUAGCAGAAUUCCAGCUGAACACAGUGAACACUGAUUUUUUUAUUUUUAUUAUUGUAGCUAGGUUAUUUUUAUCCUUCCAAAUUUAAUGAAGAUGGAUCACAAUCUCUUAAAGAGUUUGGUUUAGUCUGUAUCACCCCAGCCUAACUUGGCUGUCUCAACACUGUGAACAUUGUAUUUCUACAGUAUCAUUUGAGUUAGUUUUAUCUGUGCAUAUUGAAUUAAGAUGGAUCAUAAUCUGUUGAAGAGUUUGGUUUUGUCUGUAUCUAUCACCCGAGCCGAGCUUGGCUCACAACAUAGGCAAAUCCCCGCCUUAUCUUAGCUCAUUGGUCACCAUAGCAACACCCACCCGUAGUAUGCGCUCCAGCAGGUAUAUCUCACUGGUCAUCCCCAAAGCCAACACCUCCUUUGGCCGCCAUUCCUUCCAGUUCUCUGCUGCCAAUGACUGGAACAAAUUGCAAAAAUCUCUGAAGCUGGAGACUCUUAUCUCCCUCACUAACUUUAAGCAUCAGUUGUCAGAGCACCUUACCGAUCACUGCACCUGUACACAGCCCAUCUGUAAUUAGCCCACCCAACUACCUCAUCCCUAUAUUGUUAUUUAUUUUGCUCAUUUGUACCCCAGUAUCUCUAUUUGCACAUCAUCUCUUGCACAUCUAUCAUUCCAGUGUUAAUACUAAUUGUAAUUAUUUUGCACUAUAGCCUAUUUAUUGCCUUACCUCCAUAACUUGCUACAUUUGCACACACUGUAUAUAUAUUUUUUCUGUUGUAUUUUUUACUUUGUUUUGUUUUACCCCAUAUGUAACUCUGUGUUGUUGUUUUUAUCGCACUGCUUUGCUUUAUCUUGGCCAGGUCGCAGUUGUAAAUGAGAACUUGUUCUCAACUGGCUUACCUGGUUAAAUAAAGGUGAAAUAAAAAUAAAAUAAAAAAAUAAAAUAGGGCUAGAGUUCUUAACUCUGUAACUUUCAUUACGGGUCAAAGGUUCGGCCCCUGAACUUGUUUGUAAACUGAGGGUGGGUGUGUCUUGGCCAAUGUAAUUGUUUAUGUUUUGUUUUGCUUCGGUGGCCAAAUGUGUUUGUGAUUUGAAUUAUCCUCAUUAGAAAACAUAGCUGAAAAGGUUUAAAGGUCCAGUGCAGCCGUUUUUAUCUCAAUAUCAAAUCAUUUCUGAGUACCAAUUAAGUACCUUACUGUGAUUGUUUUUAAUUAAAAUUGUAAAAAAGAAACAAAAAUAGCUUCUUAGCAAAGAGCAAUUUCUCAAGCAAGAAUUUUGCUAGAACUGUCUGGGAGUGGGCUGAGUGGUGAGGGGAAAACUGAAAACUAGCUGUUAUUGGCAGAGAGGUUUGGAACUCUCUUUCUUAUUGGUCUAUUAACUCAUGUCACCAGGCAGGCCAAAGUUCCAUCCCAGCAAAACAGGAUGACAUUUCAGGCGGUCUUUUCAAACAGCUCUUACAGUACACUAGAAAGGCAUUAUUGUGAUUUUCACAAUUCCACAGAAUUAUUCCAACCUAAUAGUGUGGAAAUAUACAGUACCAGUCAAAAGUUUGGACACACCUAAAGUUGAAGUCGGAAGUUUACAUACACUUAGGUUGGAGUCAUUAAAACUUGUUUUUCAACCACUCCACAAAUGUCUUGUUAACAAACUAUAGUUUUGGCAAGUUGGUUUAAGACAUCUACUUUGUGCAUGACAAGUAAUUUUUCCAACAAUUGUUUAAAGACAGAUUAUUUCACUUAUAAUUCACUGUAUCACAAUUCCAGUGGGUCAGAAGUUUACAUACACUAAGUUGACUGUGCCUUUAAACAGCUUGGAAAAUUCCAGAAAAUGAUGUCAUAGCUUUAGAAGCUUCUGAUAGGCUAAUUGACAUCAUUUGAGUCAAUUGGAGGUGUACCUGUGGAUGUAUUUCAAGGCCUACCUCAAACUCAGUGCUUCUUUGCUUGACAUCAUGGGAAAAUCAAAAGAAAUCAGCCAAGACCCAGAAAAAUAAUUGUAGACCUCCACUAUUAUUCUGACAUUUCACAUUCUUAAAAUAAAGUGGUGAUCCUAACUGACCUAAGACAGGGCAUUUUUACUAGGAUUAAAUGUCAGGAAUUGUGAAAAACUGAGUUUAAAUGUAUUUGGCUAAGGUGUAUGUAAACUUCCGACUUCAACUGUACAUGAUUCCAUAUUUCAUAGUUUUGAAGUCUUCACUAUUAUUCUACAAUGUAAAAAUUAAGAAAAACCCUUGAAUGGGUAGGUGUGUCCAAACUUUUGACUGGUAGUGUAUAUAAAACAAAGGAAAAUCACAUUUUGUCUGCACUGGGCCUUUAAGAAGCCUUUUUAAAAUAGAGAUUUAAUCUUUAAACUCAAAUAGAAUUGAGUCGUUGCAGGUUUUAGAGAAGGAUCUCACAUUGUUUCCGUCCCAAAUGGCACCUUAUUCCCUUCAUAGUAUACUACUUUUGACCAGAGCCCUAUAGGCCCUGAUCAAAAGUACUGUAUUAUAUAGGGAAUAGGGUGUCACUUGGGACGUAGCCAUAGUUUCCACAAGGCCACUUCUUAGUGCUCCAGGUCUGAGCUGUUCGGGAACUGUUGAUGUUAUCCUCUUGUCUCUUGAAGACGGAUGGACAGUUAAUGGCAUCACACUUAUCUCAGGGAAGAGAAAUAGUCCCCGCUCGGUUGGAUCCCAGGACCAACCGAUUCACAGCCCUCUGUUCUCUUCUGUUCUUUCCGCUGGAAAAUACACCCACAGCCAUUAAACAAAUAUGAGGCCUAGGAACCAUAUAAAGGAAAAACAUGCAUCGCUGCCUCCUGAAACCUCUCCUGAAAUAUUACACCCAGCCAGACUUGGCAAGUGUUUGUGCACCAAAAGCAGACAUCUGAGACUCUCUCUCUCCAAGACUCUGACUUGUGCAGGCCGAUUAUGAAAUGCCUACCACCAGGACAUAAAAAAAGUCUGCCCUGGAUUUCAAAGUGAAUGCCCUUCUUGGGAUUGGGUGGUCCAGCACUGGGAGCGAGAUACAUUUAUAAUAGCGGAAGUGCAUAAAUAUGGCGGCCCCUAUGCAUUUAUCACAUAUGCCUUGUUUGCUAAGUUCACCGUAUUGUACAUUCCUCUCCGUUACUCUUUUUUUGUGUCGUCAUUAGCACAGUAUACAUGAUCUCAAUUUUAGUUCAAAGAUGCCGGGAAUUUGAAAAAAAAAAAAAAAAGUGAUUGUGCUGAUUUAUUUAUUGGUGCAUUGAACCAUGCUGUAGUUUCAAAACUCUGUGGAUCAUGCUAAAACAAUGACGUCAUAUCUGUAUUCUGACAUCUUUAUGCACCUUCGAGCAUCACAACUCAUCCAGGCUCAGUUUAACACAGAGCUAGCUAGCUGCCUGUCUGUGUAAACUCAGGCCUGCAGGGAAAGAUCAACACACAUAAAGGAACAUCUUGUGCUAUUGUAUCAAUCAGUUACAAGGUUUUUUACAUUAUAAGGUGUCUUAUUUUGCCUCAACAUAUUUAUUCAUUUUCAUGAGCGAUUUCACAGUAAACAUUUAUUAGUUUAAUAUGAAUGAAUGAAUAUUAGUCUCUUGAUUUGAUAGGAUUUACACAUAACAUGUCCCGCAUGAUAAACUGCUUAAUUUCUAAUAAUCUUUCUUAAAUUAUCUCUCUCCAUGUGAUACAGCCCAGCUUUACUUUUAAACCAAAAGAUUGCUCUUAGUGUAAGAUAAAGUCUUUUUGCUGGGAGUUGAUUGUGUUUAGGUGUUCCUCCUCGAGUGUGAUGCAUGUUCCUCUCCCCCCCCCCCCCCCCCCCCCCCCCCCCCCCCCCCCCCCUCCAGACAAGCCAAUGCCACAUGCACACUUUGCCUUUGAGAAUGGCCUGACCCAACUCACAGUCAAGGGUGCUCUGCCAGAGGACGAAGGCCAGUACACGUGUGUCGCUGAGAACAUCCAUGGGAGAGCAGUGUGUACUUCCAGAGUCAUCGUCAAAGGUGGGCUUGGGAGCCUCUACAGAGCCGUAUGUAUCAAGCUUCUCAGAGUGGGAUCAGCUCCCCCCUGUCCAUGUUCUGUUGUUCAUUAUGAUCCAAAAGUUAGAACUGAUCCUAGAUCAUGACACUUGAUACAUUCGGCCCCAGGUGUGCUUCUCUAUCCUUUGCAUCUUAGAGAAAAUACACAUUACACUGACAGUACAAAACAUUAGGAACACCUUCCUAAUAUUGAGUUGCACCCCCUUUUGUCCUCAGAACAGCCUCAAUUCGUCGGGGCAUGGACUCUACAAGGUGUCGAAAGCGUUCCACAGGGAUGCUGGCCCAUGUUGACUCCAAUGCUUCCCACAGUUGUCAAGUUGGCUGGAUGUCCUUUGGGGGGUGGACCAUUCUUGAUACACACGGGAAACAGUUGAGUGUGAAAAACCCAGCAGCAUUGCAGUUCUUGACACACUGGCACCUACUACCAUACCCUGUUCAAAGGCACUUCAAUAUUUUGUCUUACCCAUUCACCCUCUGAAUGGCACACAUACACAAUCAUGUCUCAAUUGCAAAAAAAUCAUUAUUUAACCUGUCUCCUCCCCUUCAUCUACACUGAUUUGAAGUGGAUUUAACAAGUGACAUCAAUAAGGGAUCAUAGCUUUCACCUGGUCAGUCUAUGUCAUGGAAAGAGCAGGUGUUCCUAAUGUUUUGUACACUCAGUGUACACCACAAUAGCUUUGGAAAUAUUUUCUUAGGCCAUGGAAAAGGUCUGUUUUACUAAAAUGAUGGUCAUAGAGGGGAAUGCCCAAUGGAUAUUCCAAGUUAUUAAAAUACAUUUAAAUUAAAUUACAUUUUUGAACAUCUGAACACACACGCAUGUCAAGCUGACAAAUUCUAUAAAUGUGCUAUAUAUAGAAACAUAUACUGUAUAUAUUUAAAUAUAAAUAUAUACAUAAUAUGAAUCUAAUACGCUCAGGCUAUUUUAAGGCUUAGCAAUCUUUUGGCUGCAUUGAGAAUGUGCUCAAUCCAUGAGAUAGGAAAUAUGCUUCUCUUCUCAGAAGAAUGAGCAUUUUACCAUUUACUAAAGCUCUGAAAUGUCUCUAUUGAGAGUACUUUAAGCCCUUUGAUAAGCAGCUCUGCUCUAAGAGAAUAGCUAUUUUAGGGCUCUGAUGUUGCAUUUAAGGAAACAUCUGCUCUCUCUGUUCCAGCAUGCAUCUUGUCUACAUCCCAAAUGGCACCACGUUCCCUAUAUAGUGCACUACUUUUGACCAUGGCCCUGGUCAAAAGUAGUGCACUAUAUAGGGAAUAGGGUGCAAUUUGGGACAAAAUCCUUGUCUUUCAGCACACACAGGGCUUCAUGGCAGAGGUUGAGCUUUUUAAAAUGUGAAAUACCAUCAUUUUCCCACACAUGCACUGUGAGUUCAGCAUGCAGCACAGGCUGAUCAUGACAGAGAGAUGGAGGGAAAUACCACUCGUUUGACUUGCUAGCACACCAACCAUCUUGUUCAUACAUUAAGAACUAAUGGCACUCAUUCAUUUUUAGUAGCAAAGAGAGCUAGAGCAGAGCGAGAGUAUAACUUUAAGGACAUCCACAAUCAACACGUGGUAAUGGAAUAUUUUUGGAAUCUGUUUGGAAGCACUUUCUAUGAAGUCCUUUAUAAUGCAUUAUAAUACACUUAUAAUGUGUAACAGUAUGACACUGACUACAGAUUAACCUUCACUCCAAUCUGAUUAAGAGUCUCUUUCUAAAGACGCUUUGCCUGUGUCAGUCACAACCAUCACAUCUUUAGAUACAGAACAACGCUUCAUGCAGAUGGGCAAGCUGCAAGCCAAGUGGCCAUUGAUUUGCUUGGCAAGUUGGCAUCACACUGAACCUGUGAGAACAAAUAGAUGAGGGAUUGGUGCCAGUCUAAUUGAUGCCAGUCUAAGAGGGAGGGUGAGUCUGCUAUGUUCAACACGGCUAAGAUAUUGUAGAAGAACAGCCAUGGCAGUGUUAGCUGUAAGUUAAGAUCAUCAUACUGUACAUGUACCUACAGUAUAUGACAGUGGAGGCUGCUGAGGGGAGGACGGCUCAUAAUAAUGGCCGGAAUGGAGUGAAUGGAAUGGUAUAAAACACAUGGUUUUCAGCCAUUAUUAUGAGCCGUCCUCCCCUCAGCAGCCUCCAAUGGUACAGUGGGGAAAAAAAGUAUUUACUCAGCCACCAAUUGUGCAAGUUCUCCCACUUAAAAAGAUGAGAGAGGCCUGUAAUUUUCAUCAUAGGUACACGCCAACUAUGACAGACAAAAUGAGAAAAGAAAUCCAGAAAAUCACAUUGUAGGAUUUUUAAUGAAUUUAUUUGCAAAUUAUGGUGGAAAAUAACUAUUUGGUCAAUAACAAAAGUUUCUCAAUACUUUGUUAUAUACCCUUUGUUGGCAAUGACACAGGUCAAACUUUUUCUGUAAGUCUUCACAAGGUUUUCACACUGUUGCUGGUAUUUUGGCCCAUUCCUCCAUGCAGAUCUCCUCUAGAGCAGUGAUGUUUUGGGGCUGUCGCUGGGCAACACAGACUUUCAACUCCCUCCAAAGAUUUUCUAUGGGGUUGAGAUCUGGAGACUGGCUAGGCCACUCCAGGACCUUGAAAUGCUUCUUACGAAGCCACUCCUUCGUUGCCCGGGCGGUGUGUUUGGGAUCAUUGUCAUGCUGAAAGACCCAGCCACGUUUCAUCUUCAAUGCGCUUGCUAAUGGAAGGAGGUUUCCACCCCCAUGCUUCACAGUAGGUAUGGUGUUCUUUGGAUGCAAUUCAGCAUUCUUUGUCCUCCAAACACGACGAGUUGAGUUUUUACCAAAAAGUUCUAUUUUGGUUUCAUCUGACCAUAUGACAUUCUCCCAAUCCUCUUCUGGAUCAUCCAAAUGCACUCUAGCAAACGUCAGACGGGCCUCGACAUGUACUGGCUUAAGCAGGGGGACACGUCUUGGACUGCAGGAUUUGAGUCCCUGGCGGCGUAGUGUGUUACUGAUGGUAGGCUUUGUUACUUUGGUCCCAGCUCUCUGCAGGUCAUUCACUAGGUCCCCCCGUGUGGUUCUGGGAUUUUUGCUCACCGUUCUUGUGAUCAUUUUGACCCCACGGGGUGAGAUCUUGCGUGGAGCCCCAGAUCGAGGGAGAUUAUCAGUGGUCUUGUAUGUCUUCCAUUUCCUAAUAAUUGCUCCCACAGUUGAUUUCUUCAAACCAAGCUGCUUACCUAUUGCAUAUUCAGUCUUCCCAGCCUGGUGCAUGUCUACAAUUUUGUUUCUGGUGUCCUUUGACAGCUCUUUGGUCUUGGCCAUAGUGGAGUUUGGAGUGUGACUGUUUGAGGUUGUGGACAGGUGUCUUUUAUACUGAUAACAAGUUCAAAUAGGUGCCAUUAAUACAGGUAACGAGUGGAGGACAGAGGAGCCUCUUAAAGAAGAAGUUACAGGUCUGUGAGAGCCAGAAAUCUUGCUUGUUUGUAGGUGACCAAAUACUUAUUUUCCACCAUAAUUUGCAAAUAAAUUCAUAAAAAAUCCUACAAUGUGAUUUUCUGGAUUUUUUUUCUCUAUUUGUCUGUCAUAGUUGACGUGUACCUAUGAUGAAAAUUACAGGCCUCUCUCAUCUUUUUAAGUGGGAGAACUUGCACAAUUGGUGGCUGACUAAAUACUUUUUUUCCCCACUGUAUAUGAAUACUGUAAGGUGUGAUGGUUUCUUUUUACUAUUGAAAUGCCAAUGGGAAAUGCAAACAUUUUAUAUAGAAUUUUAAACAGAAUAUUGUUGAAUAUUGCAUGCCUGAUGAUUGGUAGAGGAUGUCCCACGCAGUUAGGCUCCCUGCAUUAUUAUUCACUUUUGUUUAAAGUUACUGUCGGUCCCAAAUGGCACCAUAUUCCCCACUACUUUUGACCAGGGCUGACGAAAGCCCCAUAGGCCCUGGUCAAAAGUAGUACACUAUAAAGGGAAUAGGGUGCCAUUUGGGACGCAGACUGAGGCAGCAGUCAAGCAGGACUUUUUAAGCAGCAGUGCUGAUGGAAACAUGCUGGAGAUGCCUUGGAUCUCCCUCUGGCAUGCUGGAAAUGUAUACAGACAGUGGGCUGUGUUUAUGACAAGCCCUGUCUGUCGGGUCCUGACGUCCACAAGGUUAGGGCCACUAGAUUUAUGAACCUGGGGAUGGGAGGAUGGGGAGGACGAGGGGGUGGGGGUUGACUCUACGUAGAACCAAACGCCAUACAUGGUGCGCAUGAAUCAAGGAGUGAGGGACAAAAAGGUCCCCUUGCUCCGUCUCUCUCGGUCUCUCUCGGUCUCUCUCUCUCUCCUCAGGAAGCCCUCCGCAAUAGAGAAGUCCCUCGUGAAAAUGGGCCUUUUCCGCUCAGAACAGCUUGUGCUCUUGCUCCCCAGUCUCUCUUAUUUUGAUAUGAUGUGAUUUCUUUCUAUGUAAUUGUAUUGUGAUAAUACAUGUUUUUAUCAUUACAUUCAACUUAGCUUUUUACCCCAUUAUGACUAAAGUGUAAUGAUGACUCAAAUAAUUUGAUUUUGAACUCUCAUGACUCUUAAAGACCUUGGCAAGAACAUCGUCCUUAUCCCUUAAGUCCUAUGGUCAUCUUUAAUGAGAUUAUCCAAGUGUUUGCUUAUUCAAGACAUGUACCUCACAUGUUUGCCAGUAACAUCACAUCAUCAGUCAUUUGGAAUGUCCAAAUCGUCUCUGUGAUGUGGUGUUUAGAGCACAGGUCUAAAGGGUGAUUGAGCUGUAAUUGGAGUACGGUAAUGCGUCCGAUCAAAAGUAGUGCACUGUAUUAGGGAAUAGGGUGCCAUUUGGGACGCACUCUUGGUAAUGUUCAGGACGUAUCUCAUAUUCAUAGGCUGCGUCCCAAAUGCCACCACAUUCCUUAUUUAGUGUAUUACUUUUGACCAGGGCUCUGGUCACAAAGGUAGUGCACUAAAUAGGGAAAAGGGUGGCAUUUGGGAUGCAGAAAUAGCAUUGCGUUGUGCUCUGGAAACUUCUCCAGAUGGCAAGUCUGUAGUUAUGGAUGAAAUUCCACUCCGCUUCUGAGGAUGACAAAAUUAAAUUAAUGUAGGAGGAAUUCUAUCCUAAUAAUAAUUCAAUCUGACUCCAUAAUCAUGUGUCAUAGGCCCUGUCUCUGACAGAUAUAGCAAGAUAGCUAAUCGUUGCAUCACUACACUCUGAGACUAUAGCGUGUCUAUCUUGUACCGUUAUGGAAUUAGCAAUGUUCAGAUACUUGUGAGCUGUUUCAAGCUAUCAAAGUUCUCGCAUUAAUUAAUUGAGUGAAGUUUAGAGCAGGGAUGUCAAGGUGGAACCCAAGUAUUCAAUGUGUAAUGUAAUUAUAUUUAUCAGUAGUCCAUAACAUCAAAACAAAGAAUGUUACUCUGAAUUACAAGGACUACAGUAUGAAGCCAAUUUAAAAGUGAUAAAGAUUUAUUACAAGUAUGCAAUAAGAAUAUAAUUAUCAAAGAUGUACAUACCAUAAGUCUUCAAAGUAACAAUGUAGGAAAUUGUCUGUCUAGUAACAUAGCAUAUACACCACACUAUGGCAUAGGUCCUCAAAGUAUAGCCAGGAGAUUUGCAAUACAAGUUUUCAAUGAAUGAAGCAACCUAUCAAGCUUUUAUCCUACCUAGGGCGAACUCAAUUUCAAUGGCCCCCAUCGUUUAAUUAGCAUCACUCUGCUGGCCAGGAAACAAUAUAACAAAAGGCAUAAAACUUCACAAUCAUUCUCUGAACCUAAUCAACACAAUCAAUCUAAAUGAAAGGAGUGCACAUCUGUGCUGCUCCUACUUUGAACUGACCGCCGUUCGGCGACCAGUUUAGUUCAGCAACUCUGUAAAGAUAAAUCCUUAACACGUAUAGCCCAGUGAGUCAUAUACAAAUUUGCAGCUCUUUAAGAGCUAUUGAAAGGAUCCAAACAUGACAAUUUAAUUAAUAAAGUUAGAUUCAUUAGUCAACUCAAGUUUAAUCAGUCUUCGUGCCUCUGAGGCUGUCAGUAUCCACUGGGCUCCAUAGGAAUGUCCUGCCCCAGAGAAAGCCACUGGCGAAGGUGUGCUUCACUCCUGUGAUGUGUAAAAAUAUGGCCAUCUAUCUGGACAGUGCCAUAAAUCGUGAUCAAAUCAUCACACUGUGCCUUGGCGCCGGCAAGUCGCCGACGUGUCUUCAUCACCACCUUCAUCAUUGGUCACCCUCUAAUUCUUCCACUACAAGUCCAUGUGAGGAUCAGCUGUACACUUGUAACAUUCUGCUCCAGAGCCUCUGAAAGUUUUCAGAAUAUAUGCAUGGCUGCCAAUGUCAUUGAGAACACAGUUUUCCACAAAUUCUUUGGCAUUGUUUCUCCAGUACUGUAGGUUUCAGAUGUCCUGGCUGCAGUAGAUUGCCAGACAGCUUAGUUCUGGAUGUAGGAGAGCUCUUGCUUUAUCUGAACGAGCAGCGACUCCCAAGAGAUGCACUGGGCUCCCAUAGGGCUCAAUUCAAAAGUAUUGCACUACAUACAGGAAAUAGGGUGCCAUUUGAGACGCUCUAUAAGAAAUCUGCUCCAGACUCUAUAUAUAGUAUUCCAAGAAUCCAUCUAGAAUAACUAUUUAUUUAUUGGGGAAAAGCUGAAUCUCAAGUUGGUUGUCUUGGCUUGGUGUGCUGCUUAGUGAAUUACUCAUGUUCUGAAUUAAAGUAACCCUGCUAAUGUUAUUGUUAAAUUUCAGCUAAGAAAAGUGUCAAGAGGAUGGGCUCUCCAAAUGCAGUUGACACCAAGAAGCCAUUGAAGCCUUCUGCCCCUGUAUUCCUACGAGGUCUGAAGGAUCUGAAAGUCAUGGACGGUAGCAAAGUCAUCAUGACCGUGGAGGUGACAGGUAAGAGAAGGCCUCGUCUCUCCUCCUCCUGGGUCGUAUUCAUUAGGUACCAAAUGGAAGAAAACGGACUGAAACACGGAGUGACUACCUAGACCAGGGGUGUCAAACUCAUUUUAGCUCAGGGGCCACAUGGAGGAAAAUCUAUUCCCAAGUGGGCCGGACCGGAAAAAUCAUGGUAUAUAUAACUUAAAAACAACAACUUCAGAUUGUUUUCUUUGUUUUAAUACGAUCAACAUACAACAUAAAGCUGGAGCCUGAGGACAGUGUGUCCAAAAUAGUACAAGCACAACAUCACUAUUAAUCAUAAAACACGUCAAGUUUAUUUGAAAAUUCUAAAGAAAAAGAACACAAACACACAAUGCCUCAGUGAUUAACAGAACUGUUUCACAGAUCACAGAACUAUAUCAGGGUGUCAUUUCUCAGGCAGAAAUGUAGAUACAAAUAAUGAAAUCCUGUUCCCCAAACAAGUGCAAGAACCACAGAGUCAAGAAUAGGUUAAAUAUACAAAUAAAAUAAAAUCAAUUAAAAACAAUAGCACAUCAACAUAAAAACAUAUAAACAUAAAUCUGAAAGCGUUGCUCAAACUCCCGUAACAGUCCAGUUAUUUUAUCUUUGAACCGCUUCAUGUCUGCCACAUGUUGGGUCGCGCACACAUUUUUCAGACAGGGGAAGUGAGCUGCAUCACCACCGGCAAGUUGCGUCUCCCACAAUGACAGCUUCAACUUGAAAGAACGUAUGCUGUCAUAAUACUGCGUGACAACUUUGUUGCGCCCUUGCAGCUGUUUGUUCAAGUUAUUCAGGUGCUCUGUAACAUCCACCAUAAAUGCAAGGUCCGGCAUCCAUUCUGCGGAAUGAAAUUCUAACACUGGUUUGCCCUUUUCUUCCAUGAACUGUUCAAUUUCUUCUCGUAAAUCAAAGAAACGCCUCAGCACAGCACCUCGGCUUAACCAUCUUACCUCAGUGUGGUAUGGCAGGCCAUAGAUGUGGUCUUUCUCUCUGAGAAGGCUGUCAAACUGACGGUGAUUCAGGCUUCUGGAUCGGAUGAAAUUAACAGUUUGGAUGACCACCUUCAUGACGUUAUCCAUCUUUAAUGACUUGCAACACAAAGCCUCCUGGUGCAAAAAAGUUCAUUCACCUUCUCUCAUCUCCGCUGUCCUUGAAAGUUGUCAUAUUUGUCAGCAUGAAGACUCACAUAGUGGCGACGAAGGUUAUAUUCUUUCAGCACUGCAACAUGCUCUGAACACACCAAACAUACAGCUUUCCCAUUCAAUUCCGUGAUUAAAUAGGAUGACCAUUUUUCUUGGAACACUAUGCACUCUGCGUCCACUUUUCUCUUUUUUGACAGAGACAUAUUGGGGCAAUGAGGGUGCCAAAGCACAUAAUGUUAAAAGUAGAAGCCGUAAUAAAUAUCGCGGGCAAAACAAAGUAGCUCAUUGGCUGCACGUGCUUGACCUACUUGCUCUGCCCCGGUAUAAACAGUUUGCUUGCUUAACACAAUUGCUAUUGCGCCAUCCAGUGGACGCAAUUGGAACAGCAGUUUAUUUUAUAGAAAAAUUGCAGCGCAUUUUUACACUUAAGAAAUGUUAUUUUUUUUUAAUUUUUUUUUUUAAUCAUCUCGCAGGCCGGAUUAAACCCGUUUGCGGGCCUGAUCCGGCCCACGGGCCGUACGUUUGACACCCCUGACCUAGACUAGUCCAAUAAAACCGCUUGUUUUCGUAUUCUGUUGAAAAGCAUUUUGUAACAGUGUGCCACAAUGAAUACAUACAACCCUGGUCGGUGUCUUGUGUUGGCCCUUAUUCCAAUUAAUCCAACUGGAAAACUCGGAACUUUGGUUUUGUUUUCAGUAUUUUCAGCGACUCUGUUUGCUUUAGACACUGGUAUUUCCUGCUCAUCCCCCCCAGAGAUGAGUUGUUUGGUUUUCAGUUCUUUCUGCGUUUGCAUUUCCUUCCAACGUGUGACCUGAGGGGUGGGCAGCCUCUCGGAGUAUUAUCAUUUAUUCUUAUAUAAUCUUCAUCAUCCCACUUCCUGUGUGUGUGAGAGGUUGUUCGCAUGAGGCAGGAGUCGCUUGUUAUACGGCAUAUGGUUUACCUUAUUAUUCUAGGCCUUUCAUCAUUUAAUGUAAAUAGUGAUGGAGUGGGAUGGUCUCUCACUGUAUUUUCUUAUGGAGAUUUAUGAUAACAGUAAUCCACAUGCAAUUUAUUAGAUUAGAUUAGAUCAUGCAUCAUACCUAUGUGGAAAAUGCAUAAUAUUAUGCAAGACAAUUCUAAAUCAUAGCAUGUGUUAUGUAAUACAACCUGUCAUAACAUGUAUAUAAUAAUUUCAAGUGAUAGUUCACCCAAAUUACACAAUUACAUAUUGGUUUCCUUACUCAGUAAACAGUCUGACAGUAAUCCAUGCUUUGGCUUUGUUUACCUAGCCACCGUCUCCAAAUGCAAACUUUUUUUGCAUUUUUGUCCAAAAAUUAUCCAAGCAAUUAGUAUGUUUUGCGUUUCAUGUCCAAAUCAUUUUAAAGUAGCUUUAUUGAGCUAAACGAUACAUUUUAGAAACUUUGAGAUGAUUGGGGCAUGAAAUGUGAAAAAUGCUAAUUUCUAGGAUAAUGAUUUGCAUUGGUCUUUGGACAAUAAUGCAAAAAAGUUAUCAUUUGGAGACAGUGACCAGGUAAACAAAGCCAAAUAAUGGAUUUCUGUCUUGUCCAAACACAAGGUUUAAUGUAACAUUUUGUGGUCAUAGGGAAUCCUCAUCCAGAGAUUGUGUGGCUCCACAAUGGAAAGGAGAUCCAGGAGUCGGAGGAUUUCCACUUUGAGCGGAAGGGGAGCCAAUACAGUCUGUUCAUCCAGGAAGUCUUCCCUGAGGACACUGGGAAGUACACCUGUGAGGUGUGGAACGAAGUGGGAGAGGUUCGCACCGAGGCCUCACUCACUGUACAAGGUAGGCUAGUAGCCUAGCUAACUCCACCUAAGCUAGCUCAGUAUGUCUGGUGAAAUAUCUCUAGCAGAUGUAGUUUAUGCCUCAGGUUUUCCAGAUAUCCCGAUUUAGAGUAUUCCUGGAAUCAGAGAAUCAGGAGGGAAUAAGUUGGAAAUCAGGGAAUCCUCCAACCAGGAUUUUCUGGACAAUCUGUGCAUUUUUGAAAAGGUACCAGAAAUUCACAACCCUAUUCAUGCAAUAAUGUUGUCUCUGUCUUUGUGUUCCAGAACCCCAGGAUGGGGUGCAGCCCUGGUUCAUCACUAAGCCCAAGUCCACCACUGCCUCCCUGGGGCAGAAUGUCCUGCUAUCCUGUGCCAUCGCUGGGGACCCCUUCCCCCAGUGGACCUGGAUGAAACAGGGCCAGGUGGUGACCACUGGGCUGGACUAUGAGAUUCUGCAGAAGGAGGACGUGGUGUCUCUGCUCAUCAGGCGAGUCAGGUCUCACCACGCCGGGGACUACGAGAUCAGCCUGAGGUAGGCUUCUGCGGUGCCAUUUAAGAUGUGCUGGACUCCUUAUACAGUAGAUGACUCCCUUCUGUAGUAUCGGGAGAAGGAGCUGUUUAUGUUGGAACACAAUAACACUGUCAUUUACAGUAUAACAUACUAUAAGGUAGUGGUUCUUAAACUGGGGGUCCCGACCUCCCGGGAGGUUGCGAGAAGGUUUUGGGGGGUCGCGAGUGUGAAACUGAAUGGGAAAAAUACAUUUUCCAAACAUAUUUUAAUAAGCUACAUAUUUUAAAUUUAGACCUUUGCUUAUUCGAUCUGGUUACUAACAUAGGCCUACAGUACUGGAUCAAAUUCUUCUUAAAAAACAUCUCUGUGCUUCAGAACCAAAAAGUUGCGUGUCUUAACUGUUGAUUAUGACCAAAGACCAGUCCUCACCAUUGGCACGCAAAGGCGGGCGCCCAUAUCCAGAUUAGUGACCAGAAGCACUUGUUUAAUUUUCUCCGGUUUUACCUGGCAAGAACAUUGUACGUUUAUAUUAUCCAUAUAAAAUACUGUUUAGCAAUCUGCUACAGGCGCAUCCUUGCCAGAACGAUAGGCUACCUUGCGAUAUCAUUGAUCAUUUUCAUAUUUCAGAUAGGCCAAGUUUGGGUGGCUACUGGCUAUAUGUCUAAAUAUUGCUGUAACAUCGCACUGCCUUCAAUACUUAUGGCUGAAGAUGUAAAAUGUUCUGCCGAAUUUAUUAUGAUAUUUGUGAGGAAGAAAAGACUACAGACAGACCAUACUUUUCAUCCGAUCCUGCAACCUCCGCUGCGUACAGGUAGGCCGUAUGAGCCUAUCUGCUUGCUCUGGAUUCCAGAGAAGUGACAUGAUAUCCCUAGUUGAUAUUGGCUACUAACAUGAAUGCCUUUCAGCUCAAAAUGUAAGUGUAAAACAUAGCUUAUUUCUGUAUCUUGCUUUUUGAAAAUGUGCGCGGGUCAAAAAGUUGAGGAACCACUGCUAUAAGGUACUACUCCUACAUGUCUGCCUCUGACAAAGUUUCAUUUUAAAUCAAUGUUUUGAUUGAUGAUUAUAAUACAUGGGUUAGUGUGAGGGUUACAAAUCCAAGACCGGCAUCACUGAGACACAUAGCCUCUUCUUGAUUUGGUCUUAAAAGCAAGUACCAGUAGUUAAAACACUCCCCCUCCCUAGUUGUCCAUUCACCUUCUCUCUCUCUUCUUCUAGGAACAAAGUGGGCGACUGCAGUUGUGUUGCCACUCUGUUGGUCAGUGAGGGUGCAGUAGUGUCCGGUGGAGAGCAGCAAACGUAUGUAGCCAGCUAUCCUACUGCUUUACUGUCGAGGCCCCUCAGCCUGGGCUAUUUUUGCCUUCCCCUCUCCCGCCCCCCUCCCCAGACCCCGGUUUCAAAUCAGUUUAAACCCUGAAUAUAACCAAAUAAAUUGUUUACAGUACCUCCUCCAGCUGUGCCAUUGUUCAAAGCCAGGGGCUGGUUGCCCUUAUAAGGCUACUGAAGUCAUCUCUGAUGUAACAUCAUGUUGAGUUGUGGUCCCCCCCCCCCUCAAUUAACCAGUGGAGGCCGGGGGCUUUUAAACGACCCCUGUUUUUUUCCUCUUCCGCCCUCUCUCUCUGUGCUACUGCAGGCUUGAGCCUUGUCAGCGUGUGGGAGGAGUGGACGGGACAGUGCGAGGCAGAGGAGCACCGAGCAGCAGCACUAGCAGCAGCUCCAUUCAGCAGCAGCAGGAGCCAGUGGAGUCAGAGGAGCCCAGCGCAGCUCGGGGACUCCUGAAGAGGCGCGUGGAGACCAAGGAGCACUGCGAGGACCAGAUCCGCCUGCAGGAGGCCGAGCAGCGCGACUUCCGCACGGUGCUGGGCAGGAAAGUCACCACCAAGAGUGUCUCCGAGGAGGAUCUGAAGGAGAUCACGGCGGAACAGAUGGACUUCAGGAGCCAGCUCCAGCCCAGAGGGGUCAAGCCCAAGACCCUGUCUGAAGAUGAGAGGAAGGUCAACGCUCCCGCGCAGGUGGACUUCAGAGCCGUCCUGGGGAAGAAGGGGGGCGCCGUGAAACCAGGCGCUGCUCCUGCCGAGAAAGGAGAGCCUGCAGAUUUCAGAUCAGUUCUGGCCAACAAGAAGAAGCAGACAAGCUUGGAGAACAACGGGGAGAGCCCUGCUCCAGCAGCAGUUCAGUCCCUGGUAGCAGCAACACCCAAAGCUCCUGCUUCUUCCCCUGACAAGAAAGAGAAGGAGAAGAACACCGUCAACUGUGUGGAUGGUGGGAUUAUUGAUAAGAAGAACAACAACAUUGGAAAGGAGCCAGUGUUCAGUCAGAAGCUGAGUGAUGUGAGCGUGGUGGACGGAUCUUGCCUGCGGCUACAGUGCCAGGUGACCUGUGACCCCCCUGCUACUACUACCUGGACUCUAGACGGGAAGGUCAUCAAGCCCUCCAAGUUUAUCAAGCUGUCCAACGAAGGUAAAUAUGUGGCCUACUACUAAACCGACCAUGUCUGCCUCCCAAAUGGCACCCUAUUCCCUUUUCAUAGUCCAGAGCCCAAACGUAGUGCACUACAUAGGGCAGGGGUAUUCAACUCUUACCCUACGAGGUCCGGAGCCUGAUGGUUUUCUGUUCUACCUGAUAAUUAAUUGCACCUAUGUAAAUCAGUCCCUGAUUAGAGGGGAACAGUUAAAAAAACGCUGUGAAACUGGCUUCAAGGUCCAGAGUUGAGUUUUAGGGACAUGGGGAAUAGGGUGCCAUUUGGGAUGCAUUCCAUUUCAUUAAUGCAUUAUUCAUGUCUCUGUGGAGGCUUGGCUUCUAAUAUUAGAAAGUAGUGUGUCUAUGACAGACAGAAAGACAGUGAUAUGACUGAGUUUCCCCUCUCUCACCGAAGCAUUACAGGCAUUUAAUAUGGGAUAUGAUGGGAACAAUCCCUUUACAUAGGAGAGUCAAUCAAAUCACAUGAAAUCAAAAUGUAUUUGUCACAUGCGCCGAAUACAACAGGUGUAGAUCUUACCGUGAAAUGCUUACUUACAAGCCCUUAACCAACAAUGCCGUUUUAAGAAAAAUAAGAGUUAAGAAAAAUAUUUGCUAAAUAAACUAAAGUAAAAAAUAAAAGAGCAACAAUUAAAUAACAAUAACGAGGCUAUAUACAGGGGGUACCGGUACCGAGUCAAUGUGCAGGGGUACAGGUUAGUCGAGGUAAUUGAGGAAAUAUGUACAUGUAGGUAGGUGUAAAGUGACUAUGCAUAGAUAAACAGUGAGUAGCAGCAGCGUAAAAAUGCAAAUAGUCCGGGUAGACAUUUGAUUAGCUGUUCAGCAGUCUUAUGGCUUGGGGGUAAAAGCUGUUAAGAAGCCUUUUGGACCUAGACUUCGCACUCCGGUACCGCUUGCUAUGCGGUAGCAGAGAGAACAGUCUAUGAUUACGGGGGCUGGAGUCUUUGGACAUUUUUAGGGCCUUCCUCUGACACCGCCUGGUAUAGAGGUCCUGGAUGGCAGAAAGCUUGGCCCCAGUGAUGUACUGGGCCGUACGCGCUACCCUCUGUAUCGCCUUGCGGUCGGAGGCCAAGCAGUAGCCAUACCAGGCGGUGAUGCAACCAGUCAGGAUGCUCUCGAUGGUGCAGCUGUACAACUUUUUGUCAUCGAUGUUAUCAUAGAGCCUAUAUAUUUUGUACUGGUUCCUUGUAAUCGUUUCCAUGUAAAAAGCCCCUCUCAUAUACAACGUGGUAUAAAUAGAGUAAUAGCUGAAGGAUUCCCUUUUUCUGGGCUCCUGGGUAUCCUUGACACACCUACAAACAGACAUAAUGUUCGUCCCAAAUGGCACCCUAUUCCCUAAAUAGUGCACUACUUUUGACCAAGGCCCAUAGGAAAUAGGGUGUCAAUUGGGACGCAAUAUCCAUCAUCUCUGUUAUUUCAUGUCAGAGAAACAGCCCCAAAUCCCAACUGUCACACAGCCAUGUCUACUAAAUAAAUAAUGGAAUUAUAUCUUGGUGACCCUCCAGGUCAUGUUUAUUCUCAUUUUAGUGUCACCGAGGGUCAUGCUGAAGAAUGCAUUGCUUCAGGCUCUGAGAGAGAAGCUUACAUUUCUCAUUUACUUCAUUUACGUCCCACCAUAACAAAUGAAGUAUGUUAGUAUGUUAUCAUGGAGCCAUAGGGUAGUAAUGGAGGCCUCUCUGGCUAUGGUUGUCUAUGUGUGUACUGGGGCCACUGUGGCUAUGGUUGUGUGUGUGUGUGUGUGUGUGUGUGUGUACUGGGGCCCACUGUGGCUAUGGUUGUAUGUGUGUGUGUGUACUGGGGGCCACUGUGGCUAUGGUUGUAUAUGUGUGUGUGUGUGUGUGUAUACUGGGGGCCGCUGUGGCUAUGGUUGUCUGUGUGUACUGGGGCCACUGUAGCUAAGGUCCCUUGUGUGUGUUUCUUUGUUUUCCUGCAGGAGGCCAGUGCUCCCUGACCAUCGACAAGGCCCUGCCCGAGGACGAGGGCCAGUACAAGUGCCGGGCAGAGAACUCUGCCGGUAAAGCUGAGUGUUCCUGCAUGGUGCUGGUGGAUGGUGAGUUGUUCCAGGCUGACGUGUCCCUCUGACUGCUCCCCACUCCCAUGAGUCCCCCUCAGCCUCACGGCCACCCCGGCCUCAGCCCAGGCACUUCCUGCAAUUACAACGGACAGAUUAGCCUAGCUGGAUUCCCUGUUCCAGGCUCCCACUGCACGUCCUCCUCCCCCAGCCCCCCAGCACUCAUUAACAGGCCUGGAUCAAAACAUUAUCCAGGCACGCACAGUUCAAGCCUAGUUUUAGAUUCAUAUGCAAAUAGAAAUUAGUUGAACUUUUGCAUACUUCUACUACUAAUCAAAUCAAAUCAACUUGUAUUUGCCACAUGCGCCGAAUACAACAGGUGUAGACAUUACAGUGAAAUGCUUACUUACAAGCCCUUAACCAACAAUGCAGUUUUUUAUUUCAAUAGAAAAGUCAAAAAUGUGGUAAGUAAAAAAAAAUUAAAGCAAAUAACUAAAGAGCAGCAGUAAAGUAAAAUAACAGUAGGGAGGCUAUAUACAGGGGGUACCGGUACAGAGUCAAUGUGCGGGGGCACCGGCUAGUCGAGGUCAUUGAGGUAAUAUGUACAUGUGGGUAGAGUUAAAGUGACUAUGCAAAAAUAAUAAACAGAGUAUCAGCAGCGUAAAAGAGGGGGAUGGGGAAGGGUUGGGGGGGCAGUGCAAAUAGUCUGGGUAGCCAUGAUUAGCUGUUCAGGAGUCUUAUGGCUUGGGGGUAGAAGCUGUUGAGAAGCCUUUUGGACCUAGACUUGGCGCUCCGGUACCGCUUGCCGUGCGGUAGCAGAGAGAACAGUCUAUGACUAGGGUGGCUGGAGUCUUUGUACUCUCUGAUGUACUGGGCCAUACGCACUACCCUCUGUAGUGCCUUACGGUCGGAUGCCAAGCAGUUGUCAUACCAAGCGGUGAUGCAACCAGUCAGGAUGCUCUCGAUGGUGCAGCUGUAUAACUUUUUGAGGAUCUGAGGACCCAUGCCAAAUCUUUUCAGUAUCCUGAGGGGGAAUAGGCUUUGUCGUGCCCUCUUCACGACUGUCUUGGUGUGUUUGGACCAUGAUAGUUUGUUGGUGAUGUGGACACCAAGGAACAUGAAGCUCUCUACUGUUGACGUCAAUGCAAAAGUAUGAGAUUAUGAAACGUUAUUUAGCAAAUAUGGUUUGGUCCACCUUAAAUAGUCCAGAGCAGGGUUGCAAAAUUCCGGGAACUUUAAAUACAUUCCCUGGUUUUCCAGAAAUCCUGGAUGAAGUGUUCCGUAUUUCCUGCUAUUCCCUCCUGAUUCUGGGAAGCCUCCAACUGGGAUUUCAGGAAAACCAGCAAAUGUAUUGAAAGUUCCCGGAAUUUUGCAACCCUAUUCCAGAGGGAAUCAUUGCAUUUUUAACAUGAAUGGUCCAUUUGAAUGGUUAGCUGUUGUUGUGUUACUGAUACACUAAGUAGGAAUUCAUGUAGUUUUAUCAGAUAGGAAAGAAUGAGAAAUAAGUAGCCAUGUUUUUUUCCUCUUCCGUAGAUCCUACAGACACAAACUCGACAGCAGCUGACAAGAAGAUCAAGAAGCCAUCCACCCCUACCUCCGAGAGUGAGUUUCCAAAAUAUGUGCUUCCUUAUUUCCCAAAAAGGAGCGUUGUGGGAUCUCUCUGUCUUUCCCACUGCUGCAGCCUGCCUGCCUGCCUGCCUCUCAGUGAGCUGGUGCUCUUUAUAGCAUGUGAACAAAAAUAAAAUAUUGUUCUGACCCCAAACUCACUCAUUAAAUCUGGCCAAUCUCUUCUCUCUGUGUAGAGAACGAACAUGAAAAUUGUGAUCAGUAAAUCUAUAUAGGUCUUUUAUCCAAAGUCUUUUAUCAAGUUAGAUUUAUGCUAAUGGUAAGGAUGUUGGGGAGGAUUAUGGAGAAGAUGUUCUUAUCUUAUUGGUCAUCUUAAUCUUUUCAAGCUGGAGGAGUAGGUAGGAGUUCUAUAGAGUUAUGUGCUAUACCCCUGCACAUUCUUUUCCAUAUGAUUUAAUGACGUAGGCAUUAGCCUGUAAAGAGUCCAGCAGUCGACACCCCCUUGCACGCAGAUCUACCUUUACAUAAAAGGCUUUAGAUCAGGCACACUCAGGGCUGGGCAUGAAGAAUGUCCAUUUAUCCCUCAUGCCUCCAGCCUGGAUGGUUCCUUCCAGGGGUCAGAGGCCACUACGACACCCCUCUCCUCUGUGAUGUUUGACAGAGCUAAUUGACUGCUGUUUGUCUUUAAGCCCGGGACACUCACUCGAACUUAAAACAUGCCCAAGGAGAAAGGGAGAGGGAAAGAGAGAGCGGGAUGGAAAGAGAGUGGAGGGAGAGAGAGACCCUUUGCAUGGCUGCCCCGCUCACUCAACCUCCUCUCCCAAACUUCCAUGUAAGGCUUGCGUCUGCCUGCUCCUUAGCCCUCUCUUGACUCACAUGCUCUGGCCUCUUUUUCCUAUACUCUGAGGUUCUGCAGAAAAUCUGCCAGCUUCGGGAUAUGCUUUUGUCCUGCUGGAAUGUGGAAUGAUCCAAACAAGCUCUAAAACUAAGAGCUGUGUGGUGAGCAUUUUAAUAAAAGGCAUGAGGCCGAGACCUGACAUGAGAGCCCCUGAUGAUUAGUCAACGCAAUUCUCUUUUUGUAAUGAUGUAGGAGUGAUUUGAAACAAGUAAAUAUGUGUUUAAAGUCCACAGCAUUGGCUAGGGUUGGAGAUAAUUCUGUCUUAGAAUGAUUCAUUCACAACAUUGUUCCCAUGGGGUAUUGGAAUCAUGUCAUGUGAAGCUUUAGAGUACAGUAAUCCUGACUGUGAUAGUUGGGGUCAGUGCUUAUGGUUCUCAAAGAGGUUGAGAUUUUUUUCAAUUGUACUAGAAAGCAAGCCUUGCUGCAGAUAUUAUAAUAUAAUGGCGCUGGAGGGAAUAGCGUUUUACAGGCUCUUGACUAUUUGGUAUUAUUUUUUUCUCUGAUCUUAACUGUUUUUGUACAUAAUGUUUUCGUCAUCAUUUCCUAUGACAUCAGAACAGCAAACACUAACCUCCAUUUGGAUGAGGAUUUCUACUUCAAUGAGUCGGAGGUGAAUGACAUGCUGCUCAUCCCGGACCAGGUCCAAAUCCCAGACACUCGAAGAUAGAGGAGGCGCAGUUAUAGAAGCCGGCAUGUGGGAUACCUGACAAGACUACGCAGGCGGGUGGAUAAACACCUCCUCUACCCUCCGUUCUAUUGGCGAAUGUGCAAUCACUGGAGAAUAAACUGGACGAGUUCUGUUCGAGAUUAUCCUAUCAACUUGAUCUGAAGAACUGUAAUAUCCUAUGUUUCUCAGAGUCGUGGCUGAACCAAGACAUGGAAAAUAUAAAUCUAGCUGGAUCUUCGAUACAUCGGCAGCACAGAGUGGCAGUGUUGGGCAAACUCCUGGAAGGGGGGUGAGUGGGGGGGUGGUGUCUCUUUGUUAACAAUAGCUGGUGCACGAUCACUAAUAUUAAGGAAGUCUCAAGGUUCUGCUCGCCUGAGUUAGAAUAACUCAUGAUAAACUGUUGACCCUACUAUUUACCAAGAGAGUUUUCAUCAAUAUUUUUCGUAGCUGUCUACUUACCAUCACAAACCGAUGCUGGCACUAAGACUGCACUCAACGAGCUGUAUAGGGCCAUAAGCAAACAAGAAAAUGCUCACCCAGAGGCGGCGCUCCUAGUGGCAGGAAAACUGAAAUCCGUCUUACCUAAGUUCUACCAACAUGUCACCCGUGCAAAUAAUAGAGGCAAAAAAACUCUAGAUCACCUUUACUCCACACACAGAGAUGCAUACAAAGCUCUCCCUCACCCUCCAUUUGGCAAAUCUUACCAUAACUCUAUCCUCCUGAUUCCUGCUUACAAGCAAAAACUCAAACAGGAAGUACCAGUGACGCGCUCAAUACGGAAGUGGUUUGAUUAAGCGGAUGCUAAGCUACAGGACUGUUUCACUAGCACAGACUGGAAUAUGUUCAAGGAUUCGUUACAUUUUAGUCAUUUAGCAGACGCUCUUAUCCAGAGCAACUUACAGUUUGUGAGUGCAUACAUUUUUCAUACUGGCCCCCGUGAGAAACGAACCCACAACCCUGGCGUUGCAAGCACCAUGCUCUACCAAGUGAGCUACAGGGGACCUCAUUCAUACGAUGGCAUUGAGGAGUUUAUCAGUCACCAGCAUCAUUAAUAAGUGCAUUGACAACGUCGUCCCCACAUUGACCGUACGUACGUAUAUAUCCCAACCAGAAGUUAUGGAUUAUAGGCAACAUCCAUACUGAGCUAAAGGGUAGAGCUGCCGCUUUCAAGGAGCGGGACACUAAUCUGGACGCUUAAAAUAAAUCCCGCUACUCCCUCCGACGAACCAUCAAACAGGCAAAGCAUCAAUACAGGACUAAGAGCGAAUCCUACUACACCGGCUCUGACGCUCGUCGGAUGUGGCAGGACUUGCAAACUAUCACGGAUUACAAAGGAAAACCCAGCUGUGAGCUCCCCAGUGACGCGAGCCUACGAGACAAACUAAAUGCCUUCUAUGCUCGCUUCGAGGCUAGCAACACUGAACCAUACAUGAGAGCACCAGCUGCUCUGGACGUCUGUGUGAUCACGCUCUCCAUAGGCGAUAUAAGACCUUUAAACAGGUUAACGUUCACAAGACCGCAGGGCCAGACAGAUUACCAGGACGCGUACUCGGAGCAUGCACUGACUAGCUGGCAAGUGUCUUAACUGACAUUUUCAAACUCUCCCUGACCCAGUCUGUAAUACUUACAUGUUUCAAGCAGACCACCAUAGUCCCUGUGCCUAAGAGCCAAGGUAACCUGUGUAAAUGACUAUCGCCCCGUAGCACUCACAUCUGGACUCACUCCAAUUUGCAUACCUCACCAACAGAUCCACAGAUGGCACAAUCUCUAUUGCACUCCACACUGCCCACCUGGACAAAAGGAUCACCUUUGUGCAAAUGCUGUUCAUUGACUACAGCUCAGCGUUCAACACCAUAGGGCCCUCCAAGCUCAUCACUAAGCUAAGGACCCUGGGACAGAACACCUUCCUCUGCAACUAGAUCCUGGACUUCCUGAGGGUAGGCAACAAGUCAUCCGCCACUCUGACUCUCAACACGGGGGCCCCUCAGGGGUGCGUGCUUUGUCCCCUCCUGUACUCCCUGUUCACCCACAACUUUAUGGCCGCGCAUGACACCAAUACCAUCGUUAAGUUUGCAGACAACACGACGGUGGUAGGCCUGAUGAUCACUAACAACAAUGAGACAGCCUAUAGGGAGGAGGUCAGAUACCUGGCAGUGUGGUGCCAGGACAACAACCUCUCCCUCAAUGUCAGCAAGUCAAAGGAACUGAUCGUGGACUACAGGAAACGGAAGGCAGAGCACGCCCCCAUUCACAUCGACAGGACUGUAGUGGAGUGGGUCGAGAGCUUCAAGUUCCUCUGUGUCCACAUCAGGACCUAUCAUGGUCCAAACACACCAACACAGUUGUGAAGAGGGUACGACAACGCUUCUUCCUCCCCAGGAGGAUAAAAAUAUUUGGCAUGGGUCCUCAGAUCCUCAAAAAAACACCUGCACUAUUGAGAGCAUCUUGACUGGCUGCAUCACCGCUUGGUAUGACAACUGCUUGGCAUCCGACCGUAAGGCACUACAGAGGGUAGUGCGUAUGGCCCAGUACAUCACAGGGGCCGAGUAUCCCUGCCAUCCAGGACCUCUAUACCAGGUGAUGUCAGAGGAAGGCCCUAAAAAUUGCCAAAGACUCCAGCCACCCAAGUCAUAGACUGUUCUCUCGGUACCGGAGCACCAAGUCUGGGACCAAAAUGCUCCUGAACAGCUUCUACCCCCAAGUUAUACGUUUGUUGAACAGUUAGUCAAAUGGCUACCCUGACUAUUUGCAUUGACCCCCUUUUUAUUUGCACUGACUUUCUUUCACCGACUCAAUGCACACUCACUAGACUCUACCCACACACUCACACAUACAACACUCUAACAUACACACACACACACACACACACUACAUUGACGGCACACACACACACACGAACACAUUGACAGACUUUCACACUCUUCACACACGCUGCUGCUACUCUGUUUAUUAUCUAUCCUGAUUGCCUAGUCACGUUAACCCCUACCUACAUGUACAUAUUACCUCCAUUACCUCAACUACCUCGUACCCCAGCACAUUGUGUUACUAUUUCCUUUUAAAUGUUUAGCAAAUUGUUCUUACUUUUUAACUCUGCAUUGUUGUGUAAGGGCUCAUAAGUAAGCAUUUCACGGUAAAGUCUACACCUGUCGUAUUCAGCGCAUGUGACAAAUACAAUUUGAUGUGAGUAUAUAUAACUACAGUGAAAUACUGAUUCAUCACUGUGCCCAGCAAAUAUAAUGAUCGUAAUUUAUUGAAUCCUGUAAUGGCUCAUUGCAGCUAAAUGUAACAUCUGUUUGAUUUUUAUUUAUUUCUAAGUGCUCUAGAGUGACCUAUCGAUGGUAUCAGCCUUGUUAUGGUUUUUCUAAAGCCGUUGCUCUUGUUUGUGUGGUGUAUGUAACUCCAGUCACAGAGCGUGGUGAGCCAUGGGAAUUGUGUCAGUGGUGUAGUGCUAUGAAAACAAGCAGCUUUUUCAUGCCCACUGGAAAACUCUAACCCCUGCACGAUUAUAUACCUUAAGCUUGGGAGCACAGUCCAGCACUGCAGGCUCCUGCAGAUCUCAGAAUGCACUGUCCUAUCUGGUGGCUCAACCUCUCCUCUCCUCUCCUCUCCUCUCCUCUCCUCUCCUCUCCUCUCCUCUCCUCUCCUCUCCUCUCCUCUCCUCUCCUCUCCUCUCCUCUCCUCUCCUCUCCUCUCCUCGCCCUCCACACAAACAGAGCAUGCUGGCCACAGAGAGAACACAGAGUAGAAAUGCCAAUGCGGUUGCCUGCUCCCACACCUCGUAUAUCAAACUGCUUUCAUCUGUGCCUCUACUCCUCUCGACAGCCUGUAACAAUGACAGAGAUAGUGCUCAUCAGGGAAUUCAAUGGUUUUGGAGCUGCUGUUUCCCUACAUGCUGAGCAUUUACAACCUGAUUGUGACACAGGCCGUGCAAUACAAUGGCUCCACGUUGUCUGAAAGCCUGUGAGAAGGAACCAGAUCAUGGGUACAUGGCCCCCUGGGGAAGGGUUAAGGCCCGACUCGUUUUGACAGCCUCAACAUCUCUCAAAGACUGGGUAACAUGGAUCACUUCCUCUGCUGCUCACUGUUCUUGACUCUAUGUGGAUCAGGAACCAUAAGCCUUCAAGGCUUGAUAUCCUGGGUGCUGGCAUAUAAAUUAGUAGUAAGGUAACAGAGAUUCUCUUUGACCCAUGCUAAGGAUGCUGGAAUAUAGUUUAAGAUAUAGUGCCUUUACAUUGACACUGAGAUUAUGUUUAUGCAGAACAGUGUUUUCCAAAGGAUGGGUCGGGACUCGGGACCCACUGAUGGGUAGAGGGCUCCAGGUUAAAGUGUCCCCUAGGUACAGAUCUAGGAUCAGCUUCCAUCACCCAAUCCUAACCUUAACCAUUAGUGUGGGAAAUGCAAAACUGACCCCAGAUCAGCAUCUAGGGUCAAGACUUGGUUGUGAGUGACUAAAAACAUAGAUAUUGGUGGCAUUGGUUAAUGAUUUGUCACAAAUGACAACAGACAGUUAUAAUGUAGAAAAGUUGGAGAGCUUCUGGUGCAGAUGAUCGUGUGCGACAUUGAGCAAUGUAUCAUGGUGCUGGUGUGGUCCUUUUCAUACCAGAGUCUAUUCUUUCCUUAAACAGCUGUUCCCUUUCUCUAGUGCUCCAUGAUUUGUUGCAUGUUUCAAUCUUUAGUGAAUGUCCUCCACUAGGUCUCUUGUCACAUGGCUGUCUGUUUUUCCAGGAUACACGAAAGAGCUGUUUGAUUGAACCGUAGAUGGAUGGCUAAACUAACUGGCUUAGACACUGCCUCGAAGCUCAACUGCAAAGUUACAAUAUAUAAACAUUUAUUAAAAGGAUAAACUGUUAUCUGCACUAAAACUUUGCAAAGCCAAUCGGUGUGCUCAUAACAUUUUAGUCGGUUGUUGUUAAAGCCUGGUCUGUUUGUUGGGCUCCUUCUCUAUUUGACAUGAGAUAAACUAUAAUGUUUUGUAAUGUAAUGGUAGAUGCUUUGUUUGUGCAAUUAAACUUUGAUCAACUUUAAAUCGUUUAUUUCAGUAACCCAUUUUGGUACGGUGAGCAAAAAUAGUUUUGUGUUGGAAAAAGGAUGUUUUUCCUUCCAGAGAGCAGAGGACAGGAGGACCUAUCAUGCAGAAAAAAGGGGGAAAAGUAUGACUUUGAGAGCUUGGAGUUGAAACUGUUAUUGGUUAAGGUUAAUAUUCCUACUGUUGUUCCUUGCUCCUCACUCUGUGUAUUACUUCAUUUUACUGGAACAUUGUUUCUUGACAGCAAUCAAAUUUAAAAUAAAUAGUGCCAAUAGCUAUUUCCUGGAUACUUUGACUAUUUUUAGUAUUACCAAAAAAGGCAAAUACCAAAGGACAUGAGCACAGAGGCAGCCCUUCUUUCUCCCAGGACAUCCACAAGAGAAGAGCUCCCUCCCCCAAGUUGACUUGUUGACUGUUGACUGUUUAUUCUCCUUUCCCGUGUACUGUCCUGGGAAUAACUAGUGGUAAUAUUUUAUAUGACGUACAUAAUGCAUUAUAAUACACUUGUAAUGUGUUAAGAUGACACUGACUAUUAUAAUAAGCAUCCAUAACUCAUAAGCGGUUAUAAAACUCAAUGUUUUAUAGAUAAUGUAUUAUAAUGACGUGUAAGGCAAACGCAUUAACCAAUUAAACAAUGAUUUUGAAUCUACAAAUGUGUUAUAUUUCCCACAGUAUGUGCUCCGUCAGUGGCUUGCUCACAAACUGGACUGGUGUUUCCAACUUGUGGUAAAUGAGCUGUACAUCCUCAUCUCUGCUUUGAUUGAUCAGUCUGAUUGUCAAAAGUAACAAUUCUUAACAGGGAUCCAGAGAAAUCGGUGCAGGCACAAUUUGAGAGAUUAUGUUAGGAAAAAUAACAAAUCAAAUCAAAUCGUCUAAUGCUUGCUGCUGCUGUAGCUCACAAUAAUGUAAUAAUGAAGUGCAAUGACCAUUAAUUUCUACGAAUCCUACGCUCACUAUUUUUUGAUUCCAUCUGUUUUCAGAUUAGUAUGUUUUUCAUGUACAUUUCACUUGAAUAAUUGCAUUGAAGAGUCACACAGGGGAUUCAUUUGUACCAAAUCUCCUAAUUUGUUCCAUUAUCAAAUGCAUUGACACAACUGCGUUCCCAAUUGUAAUCAUUUACCUUCUCUUUUCCAGGUGAGGCAAGGAUAAAGAAACCGAAUACAAAGAUGCCUCCCAAACAGGGUAAGAAAGACUUCUUUGCCAUGCAAAAAUGUAACCCAGGGGAGUCUCAGAGUAGGAAUGCUGGUCUAGGAUCAGGUCCCCCUGUCCAUGAACAUGUUAUUCAUUAUGAUCUAAAAGGCUAAACGGAUCCUUAAUCAGCACUCCUACUCUGAGACACUUGAUACAUAUGGCCCUGUACUAAAUCUCUCUGGACUACUAAAGAGGGCACAACCAAAAUGUCAACAAGCGGUAUAGUCCAACAACAGUGAUACAUGCAGUAGAUAGCCUAGAGGACCUGGCCCGUGUGCCAAACACUGGCCAUACCUUGCUGCUCUAACUAAGACAGAGUACUGCUCCCUGCUCUGGCAGAGGUCUGGGGGUGCCUGUAAUAGCAAUCGGAGAUCCCCCUCCUCAGCAUGCUGUAGUGUGAACCAACCUGCCCUCUAAUAACGAGAGCCAGGGGGGGCAAGUCACCCAAUCCCAGCAGCUGUUGCAGUUGUGCUUUGUUCGCUGCGGGGAGCUUUAAGGCAUUAGCAACGCAAUGAUAUGCUGGGCGUGGGGCGAAGGCGGAAAGCCAGAGGCCUGCCAAACCAUCUCAGCCCCCAGGUUAAUGGACACACAGUGGGCAGGGGGACACAGACGAAUAGACUAAUGCUGGUUUUACGCAGAGGUUUGUUCUGAUGAUAGAGAUGUUUCUGGCUGAAGUGACUGUGUGUGUGUGUGUGUGUGUGUGUGUGUGUGUGUGUGUGUGUGUGUGUGUCGUCCAGCUAUGCCCCCUCAGAUUGUCCAGUUCCCGGACGACAUGAAGAUUCUGGCAGGGGAGAAGGUGGAAAUUCUCUGUAAGUUUGGAGGAGCUCCGCCAAUCAACUGCACCUGGCUCAAGUUCCGCAAACCAGUAAGGACCAGUCUGUACUACAUUUUUCACAACCUUGAUAAAGAUGAGCAAAAAUGCAUGAGAAUGCAUAAGCAGAAAAUAACCCCAUACCUACUGUAAACUAUGGUGGUGGCUCUUUGAUGUUAUGGGGCUAUUUUGCUUCCACUGGUCCUGGGGCCCUUGUUAAGGUCAACGGCAUCAUGAACUUUACCCAGUACCAGGACAUUUUAGCCAAAGGCCUGGUUGCCUCUGCCAGGAAGCUGAAACUAGGCUGCAAGUGGAUCUUCCAGCAAGACAAUAACCCCAAGCACACAUCAAAAUCCACAAAGAAAUGGUUAAUUGGCCACAAAAUCAACAUUUUGUGAUGGCCAUCUCAGUCUCCUGACUUUGAAAACCUGUGGUUUGAAUUCAAGAGGGCAGUCCAUAAGCGCAGACGAAGGAUAUCAAGGCUCUGGAAGGAUUCUGUAUAGAAGAAUGGUCUAAGAUCUGUCCCAAUGUGUUUACUAACUCAUAAAACAUUUUAGAAAAAGGCUCAGUCCCAUUAUCCUCGCAAGGUGAGGAGGUAUUGAAAGGUUUUGACCCCUACCUUUUAGAGAAAAAAAGUAUUACUUGUUAAACAAAAUCUCUUUCUCUAAGCAAUUGUAUAUGUAUAAAAUAAUAUAAUUUCCCUGUUUUUCUUGCAUACAAUAUAACUCAGUAUUUGAAUUAUUUUAUACAGUAAUUUUUGCUAAUCUUUAUCAAGGAUGUCAAUGAUUCUGGACCCCACUGACUAUAAUGCAAUGCACCUGUCUAUGAUUAACUCUAACUGUGAUCUGAUAUUAUCUACUAUCUACUAGCUCUUAUCAUUGUACCCUUGAACACUGUUUCAACUAACACAUGUCCCCUCUGUGAAAUCACUGACCUUAUGGCGAUGCCUUUGUCUUGUAUGCAGAUUCAAGAGGUCAAAGGUGAUUUAACCAUUGAAACCACUGAGGUUACCAGUAAACUGACCAUCGCAGACAGCCAGCAGGACCACUGUGGCUGCUACACCAUCGAGCUGCGAAACAACUAUGGCUUGAGACAGGCAGCUCUCAACCUUACCAUUGUUGGUACGUUCCCUUUUUCCAAAUCAGGCCUUAUAUAAAUGUAGCCUGUAGGCGCUAGGCAGUGACGCCAUUUUUAGCUCCGUUGCUGAGAUUCAGAAGACAAUUAAGAGUGGCAGAAGUCUUUCCCAGUAUAAAAUGAUAUAUGGUAUAAUCCAUGAUUUAAAAGCACUGCUGCUACUGAUACCAAUCAUUUUAUUGUAUCUCGUAAAAAAUAGCUGUCCUGUAGCUUUGGGGAAUGUUGUUGGGGAAGGGAAGGUAUGCAGGACGGGCCAGCUCCAACUCUCUAGAUCCUAAUACUAACAGGCCGCUGCAGGGAUCUCCGAUGGCCUUUUAAGGUUGUGCUUUCUCUCCAGCUGUUGCUUUAAUAUGAGGCUCUUUGCCACUGCUGUCAGAGUGGAGUGUAUCCAGUCUAACUCAGGGAAUACGCCAAAGCCAGGGAAAGAGGAGUUAUAGAGCUGCUCCACAUAAACGCAACCGCUUAUGUGCCCGGAGAACUGUUAAUAGCAUACAGAGAGGCACAAAGCGCUUGUUAGACACUGGUAAAAACAGCCUACCACUUAGAUGCUUGUUAAUGUAUAUAAUGUAUAUGAUCCUCGCGUUAGGUUUAUGGCCUUGGACUGUAUGUAUGGAGUAUAGAGGUUUAGUUUAGAAUUGUUUCAUGUAAUUUGUGGCCCCUUUUGCAGUGACAUUGAAUCGUCCCCCAUGGCAGAGCUGUUGGUGUCACGCUCUGCUCUUUGGGGCGGAUUAGUUUGCUAUUUUACAAGGGAGCACUGGGGAUUAAGUGGGGGUAUGCUUUUAACAGCUUGGGUAACAUGGCAUCCCUCUAAACAAAGCAGGGAGAAUAAGGUACUGUACCUAGCAGACAGUCUGGGGCAUAUCGUCUGACACCAGCAGUACAUAAAACUGAUCCAGACUCCAUGUGAAGCCUCCCUGUCACUGCUCUCACAGAUCAUCUGCGCUCACUAACAGUUUCCUGUACUGUGCCUUUAAUUGAGAAGCUGCCAUUACUGUAUAUGGUGAAACUGCUGUUGACGAAUGGAGUUGGUUCAAAAGGUAGCCACUAUAGCCAGACAGGAAGCUGCUUCAUUCCCAACAGAGCUGUGCUUUUGUGUGCAUGGGGACUACUGAGUACAGACGUUGGUGAAUGGAAGGACUGGGAGACCUAUCUGUUCAAACCUUCACAAGUCGAGUGACCUUCAAACUCUAGGUCUGGCACCCUAUUCCCUAUAUAGUGCACUACUUUUGACCAGGGCCCAAAAGUAGUGUACUAUAUAGGGAAUAAGGUUCCAUUUGGGACUCAGCCUAGAACAUGUAUCACAACAAUGUAAACAUGGUUUUGUGUGGCUUAUUGAAAGGCCUAGCAUUGCGCCUGAGCAUGUCCGUCAUUUGGCGCGUUGAUCUACUGAGUGUCACUGUGUGUUCCAGACAAACCUGAUCCCCCUGCACGAGUUCCAGCCGCCUCAGACAUCCGCCGCUCCACACUCACACUGUCAUGGUACGGCCCCACCUACGACGGGGGCAGCGCGGUCCAGUCCUACAACCUAGAGAUAUGGAACUCUGUGGAUAAGGAGUGGAAGAACCUGGUCUCCUGCAACAGCACCUCCUAUAAUGUCCAGAACCUGCUGGGUCAGCGCCAGUACAAGUUCAGGGUGCGGGCGGUCAAUAUCUACGGCAUCGGGGAGCCCAGUGCCGAGUCUGAGCCUGUCACAAUGUUAGAGGAGGAUGUAGAGGGUGAGCUCCCCCUAGUGGCAUAUAUGGUGUACUGACACUCAUUGGUAACACUAAUAAUCACACUCAUUGGUAACACUAUUAUAAUAACACUUAUUGGUUACUAACAAGCCAUUUUCUUUGACAUUGUGUCAGACAUUGAUUUGUAUUCAUAAUAAUGAUUAUUGAUUCCAACUAAUGACUAAUGACAUUUCUGAUAAUUUAUUCUAACAGAAAAGGAGGAGGUUGAGGAUGAUGAAGGUAUGUUUAAUCUAAUCCAAGUUCAUAUGUAAUUGCUUCCUUUAAAAAAUCAUUUUGGUAACACCUUCUAUGAUAUGUAAAAUUGUUAUAAUGCCUUAUAAUGCCUUUAUAAUGUGUUAUGACACAGUGACUAUUAGCAUCCAUAAUUAAUCCUAAGCGUCAUGUUCCUAUAUUCAGACAAAGACCCAGACUACAGAGAUGUGACCGUUAGAACAGAUGUGAAAGUCAAGGAUCUGUAUGAUGUGGAAGAGCGGCUCGGAACGUGAGUACCCUCCUAUCAACAACGACUGUGUCCCAAAUGGCACCAUAUUCCCUAUAUAGUACACUACUUCUGACCAUAGGGCUCUGGUCAAAAGUAGUGCACUAUGGAGGUAAUAGGCCCUGGUCAGAAUUAGUGCACUAUAUAGGGUAUAGGGUGUCAAUUGGGACGUAGACAACAUGUUGGUCAGCAAAGCAUUGGUCCACAUUGACAUGUAUCUACAUCUGCAAUAGGCCUACUGUGUAUACCUCAUCCAUGAUAUCCUCUGUAUCAGACUCCAAAAAAUAAUCAUUUUCCUUUUCUGUGCUUUAGGGGGAAAUUCGGACAGGUAUUCAAACUGUUGGAGAAGGCAACGAAAAAGCAUUGGGCUGGAAAGUUCAUCAAGGCCUACUCUGCAAAAGAGAAAGAUAAUGUGAGACAAGAGAUUGCUAUAAUGAACUCCCUCCAUCACCCCAAACUUGUCCAGUGCAUUGAUGCCUUCGAAGGCAAGUCGGACAUCGUCAUGGUUUUGGAAAUGUGAGUAUAUUUAACCCAUACUUUACAAAAAGUUGAUAUUCAUUUGGGUUACCCAGGAUGCAUCCUAAAUGGCACCCUAUUCCCUAUAUAGUGCACUACUUUUGACCAGAGCCCUUUGGCUAGAAACAUAAGGUUAUUUAGUAGAUAUACAACUGGAAUGAAUACAGGUGCAUUUGAGGAUUUCCACUUGGCACUCAUGUUAACAAAUUACACUACAUGACCAGAAGUAUGUGGACACCUGCUCGUCGAACAUCUCAUUCUAAAAUCAUGGGCAUUAAUAUGGAGUUGUUACCCCUUUGGUGCUAUAACAGCCUCCACUCUUCUGGGAAGGCUUUCCACUAUAUGUUGGAACAUUGCAGUGGGGACUUGCUUCCAUUCAGCCACAAGAGCAUUAGUGAGGUUGGGCACUGAUGUUGGCCGAUUAGGCCUAGCUCGCAGUCGGCGUUCCAAUUCAUCCCAAAGGUGUUCGAUGGGGUUGAGGUCAGGGCUCUGUGCAGGCCAGUCAAGUUCUUCCACACCGAUCUGGACAAACCAUUUCUGUAUGGACCUCGCUUUGUGCACAGGGGCAUUGUCAUGCUGAAACAGGAAAGGGCCUUCCCCAAACUGUUGUCACAAGGUUGGAAACACAGAAUCGUCUAGAAUGUCAUUCAUUGUAUGCUGUAGCAUUAAGAUUUCCCUUCACUGGAACUAAGGAGCCUGAACCAUGAAAAACAGCCCCAGACCAUUAUUCCUCCUCCACCAAAUGUUACAAUUGGCACUAUGCUUUGGAGAAGGUAGCGUUCUCCUGGCAUCCGCCAAACCCAGAUUCGUCCAUUGGACUGCCAGAUGGUGAAGCAUGAUUCAUCACUCCAGAAAACGUGUUUCCACUGCACCAGAGUCCAAUGGCGGCGAGCUUUACACCACUCCUGCCGACGCUUGGCAUUGCGCAUGGUGAUCUUAGGCUUGUGUGCAGCUGCUCGGCCAUGGAAAGCUAUUUCAUGAAGCUCCCGACGAACAGUUCUUAUGCUAAUGUUGCUUCCAGAGGCAGUUUGGAACUUGGUAGUGAGUGUUGCAACCGAGGACAGACGAUGUAUACGCGCUACGUGCUUCAGCACUCGGCGGUCCCGUUGUGUGGCCUAGCAUUUUUCGGCUGAGCCGUUGUUGCUCCUAGAUGUUUCCACUUCACAAUAACAGCACUUACAGUUAACCGGGGCAGCUCUAGCAGGGCAGAAAUGUGAUAAAACUGACUUGUUGGAAAGCUCUUCAGUAAGGACAUUCUACUGCCAAUGUUUAUGUAUGGAGAUUGCAUUGCUGUGUGCUCGAUUUUAUACACCUGUCAGCAACGGGUGUGGCUGAAAUAGCCGAAUCCACUUAUUUUAAGUGAUGUAGUGUAUCUGAGUAUGAAAAUGUAUAUGAUAACGUUUAUUUUGAGAAUGUCAAAGGAAAUUGAUUUGCAUUUAAACAUCUCCAUUAUUCGUGGCUAAUGAUUCUUUUUGACCAGACAGACACUUCACACAGACAGAAAUGUUGGCUUUUUUAUGUGGUGAUGCUUGGAAAAAGUUCACUUGCCAAGUAUUUGAGACAUGUAAACACAUUAGACUGGUUCAUUUCCCCUAUUAUUUGUAUAGCAUUAUCAAAAGGUAGACUGACACAAGAACAAUGGACUCACUUGACUCUAUUUUAAAACCGCAAUUGUCCAUAGUACUAAUUUUAGAUGAUAAAGCUGUCAAAGCUAAAAAAUGAUAUUCGAGAUACUCUAAACUGACAAGUAUUUGAUAUCCAGUUAAUGAUUUUCAUAUUUGGCUGUAAUGUGUUUCGCAGGACCUCAACCAUCAUUAUCUCUCUCUCGUUCUCUGCAGGAUCUCUGGCGGGGAGCUGUUUGAGCGUAUCAUCGAUGAAGACUUUGAGCUGACAGAAAGAGAGGUCAUUAAGUACAUGCUGCAGAUCGUGGACGGGGUUCAUUACAUCCACAAGCAGGGCAUCGUCCAUCUGGACCUUAAGCCUGAGAAUAUCAUGUGUGUCAACAAGACUGGGAGCACCAUCAAACUCAUUGACUUCGGCCUCGCUCGCAGACUAGGUAUCCAGGCCUCAUGUGCACAGGACAAUUUCAGAAAUAGGGUUGCAAAAUUCCGGUAAUUUAACCAAAAUUCCCAGGUUUCCCAGAAAUCCUGGUGGGAGGAUUCCCAGAUAUCCUGCUUAUUCCCUCCUGAUUCCAACUGGGAAAGUUACUGGAAUUUUGCAACCCUAUUCAGAAUCAUAGCAACAUCUAUCUUUUCAAUAACUUCCUAUUCUAAUGAAUGCUAAAUAAACACCAACAUUUCAUUUUUGAAACCGUCUUCCCCUGUGUGCUCCUAGAAAGCUCUGGAACAUUGAAAGUUCUGUUUGGAACCCCUGAGUUUGUGGCCCCUGAAGUGAUCAACUAUGAAGCAAUCAGUUACCCAACAGACAUGUGGAGUAUAGGGGUCAUCUGCUACAUCCUGUGAGUGUCAAACCAGUUAUAACGACCCUUAUAACCACUUAUAAUCACUAUAAGUACCCUUAUAACCAUUCUUACUUGUAAUGUUUGGAGGAAGCUUCUAUGUUAACACUUUAUUUGGUUAAUCCCAAAUAGAUGGUUUGUAAAUGUUCAGUAGAUGUUGAACUAGCUGUCAACAACAUUUCAACAAACUAUCCGCUAACCCCAGCCCUAACCUUAACCCUUAUCCUAACCCUAACCUAACAUUAACCCUAACUGUAACCUAGCAAGGUGUUGCAGUAACAGUUGACAGUUUGUUGAUAGUGUGAGCAUCUAUAGAUCAUCUAUAGGGGACUAUCCAAAUAAAGUGUGAACGUUACCAUGACCGCUAGCCUUAACCCUAAUCUUAACCAUAAACCUAACAUUAAACCUAAACCUAGCAAGCUGUUGCGGUAAUAUAGUUUGUUGAUAAUUUGAGCAUCUGUAGAUAAUCUAUAGGGCACUAUCCAAAUAGUCUAUUUGCUACCAUGUGUCCCUAAUCUCAAACCUGCCUUAUUGGGUUUCUCUGGGCUUCUUUCCACAGGCAGGCAGGCAGGCAGGCAGGCAGGCAGGGAGACAGGCAGGCAGGCAGGCAGGCAGGCAGGCAGGCAGGCAGGCAGGCAGGCAGGCAGGCAGGGAGUGUGUGUAUGGGCCUCUCCAUCCUCUAUGCCUGUAAAUGGAUAUAGAGACAGAGCAGAGCAAUACUCUCUAGUGCCCCAAACCUCUGUGAGGUCUCCUCGGUCCACAAAGAUGUAUUACAAACUGCUUACAUAACAGUGUUAGUAGUGAGGCUCUGUGAUCUCUAUUGCUUCAGAGAUUUCAGGCCUGCAUCCCAAACAGCUCCCUAUUCCCUAUGUAGGGCACUACUUUUGACCAAAGCCCUAUGGGAAUAAGGUGCCAAUAGGGUGCCAUUUGGGACGCAUACAAGGUUUCAUCCAUCCUGUUACAGAGUCCUGACUCACUUAGUGGUAUACCGAUAUAGACCUAUGUCUAGCAUGGAAAACAUCUGGGUGUGCCCAAUAAGACUGGCUUUGUUGAACAUGAUGAACACUUACCAAGACUCACCAGUGAGCACUGUUUAGGGUGCCGGCAGGGUGUGGUGCAUUUUCCAUGCAGAGCAGAAAUGUUUUUUGGUAGACCUUGUUGUUCUGCACCUUUUGUAGGUCAAGCAUUCAUUAUACUUCUCUCUCUCUCUCUCUCUCUCUCUCUCUCUCUCUCUCUCUCUCUUUUCCUUUCUUUCUUUCUCUCUCUUUCUUUCUCACUCUCCCUCUCUCCAACCCCCCUCUCUCUCCCUCCAUCAGGGUGAGUGGCCUGUCCCCAUUCAUGGGGGAUAACGACAACGAGACCCUUUCCAAUGUGACCUCGGCCACCUGGGACUUUGAAGACGACGCCUUCGAUGAAAUCUCAGACCAUGCCAAAGACUUCAUUACCAACUUGCUGAAGAAGGAUAUGAGGUAAGCAACAUGAUGCUCUCUGAAAUACAGCUUGAUUAAAGAGCCAUGUGUGUCCCAAAUGGCACAAUAUUCCCUACAUAGUGCACUACUUUACCAUACUUGAUCAUAAUGUAGUGUACUAAAUAGGGAAUAGGGUGGCAUUUGGGUGAAAGCCCCAGUUCUGACAUGAUUUGAGUGUAAAUGUUGUAGAAUGUCUUUGAUCAGCCUGACAGAUGUCUCUGUUUAGAUUGUUGAGGUGUCAUAUAUCUGUUAUUUAGUCUCCUUUUGCUAACGGUUGCUUUUGACUCUGUUAGCGUCCCAAAUGGCACCCUAUUCCCCAUGUAGUGCACUACUUUUGACCAGGGCUCUGGUCAAAAGUAGUGCACUAUAUAUAGAAUAGGGUGCCAUUUGGGACGCAGCCCCUAUCUCGGUCCAAAUCUCUAUCUGAUGUGUUGUAAUACAGUGAGAAUAACGUCUUUGCGCCUCUCAAUGUUCAUGUGUUUCUGUGAUCGUAGGGCUAGACUGACAUGUGAUCAGUGCUAUGAGCACCCAUGGCUAAAACAAGACACUGGCAAAAUGGAGGCCAAGAAGCUGUCCAAGGAGAGGAUGAAGAAAUACAUCUUGAGAAGGAAAUGGCAGGUAGGUAACAGCAGAACAGAUCAUGUGCUGUGUCCCAAAUGGCACCCUAUGAGCCUUGGUCAAAAGUAGUGCACGAUAGAAUAGGGUGCCAUUUGGGACGUAGACCAUGUCUCCUGUUACAGAUCAACAUAUGCCCAUCCAUCUUUAUCACAAGACAAGCACUGUAGUGCGGGGUAGUACAUAUUAAUCCACCCAAACAUGUUUGAGAUUGAGAAUAUGUGUUAGAUAUGGUGCACUAUGAGUUUCGCUAAAGUUCCACUAUAGGAUAGGCUACGAAUAUAACUGUAUUGUUGACUGUUAGCCUACUCUGAGCUUCCAAGUUAUGACAAAUGAGUCUCACGAAGUCCCUGCAGUUCAACUCCUUCUCUGAGUGCUCACACAUGAGUAAACCUCUCAUUGUGUUAAACAGUCACCAUGGAGGUCCAUUAGUAUUUCAUGAGGUAAAAAAUACAAACUGCGAGUAUUACUUUGGAAAACUAGAACACAAAACAGUAGAGACCGUGAAAGUGGAGAGAUGUCCGAUUUAUUUGUACCUGUGUUUUGAUCAACAUGUACAAAUCCUGAAGGCAACAAUCUCCGUGAUCAAGUUAUCCACCAUGCUUUGUUUAUAGUAGCAAACAGUUUUAGGGCCAUACAUCAUAGAGUGCAUCCCAAAUGGCAGCCCAUGCCAUAUAGCGUGUACUACUAUAGACCAGCUCUGGUAAAAAGUAGUGCACUAUAAAUGGAAUAGGGUGCCAUUUGGGACACUGCCCUACUCUGUACUUCAUGGCCAACUAACAAGACAUUUCUUAUUGAUACAAACAAGGCCAUUAAUUAAUAAGCGUCCCCUUAACAUUUCUUGAUGAUGUCUAUUCCUAUACCAAGGACUGUUUGUCUGCGAAAGAAUGUAACGAGUGUAUCAUUGAUUUCAUGGCAGAAAACCGGACAUGCAGUGCGGGCCAUCGGAAGACUGUCGUCAAUGGCGAUGUUGGCGGGCGUCAGUGCCAAGAAAGGCUCCCCUACUGAAGGUGGCAUGGCGUUUUUUUUUUUUGCUCCUUAUGAAUGUUCCUAACCUUUCUGUUGUACCCCAGAGCAGGGGAUGGCACUCAGCUAGGGGUGUUUGUUUUAUUAAUGCCACCCUGUGAACAUUUGCCCUCCUUUUUUUGGAGCACUUUGGUUGGUACAGUUAGUGGUGCUACCAGUGGAGCUGCUGCUCCUAUUCAAACUCAAAGCAGCGCACUGCACCAGUUUUUGUUUAAGUUGUUAAAGUGGCAAUAUGUAACUUUUUGGGCAACCCGACCAAAUUCACAUAGAAAUGUGAGUUAAAGAUCUGUCAUUCUCAUUGAAAGCAAGUCUAAGAAGUGGUAGAUCUGUUGUAUGUGCGCUAUUUCUAUGCUUCCCGUUCUUAAGUUUUGUUUUUGCAUCUUUUACUUUCGGUUUUGUACACCAGAUUCAAACAGCUGAAACAACAAUAUUUUUGGUUAUGGAAAAGAUAUUUCACAGCGGUUUGGAUGGUACAAUGAUUCUCUACACUACACUAGCUUAUUUUGUCACAUAAACUGAAAUUAGGGAAACUAUUAGAGUUUUAGCAACCAGGAAAUGGCCGAGCGAUUUCUGCAUAGUGCAACUUUAAGUUCAACUUGAGGCAAAAUCAAUGUGUCAUUUUGUUUUCCCCCAUUGUCGCAUGUUUCAUAGAGGACAACCAGUUCCUUGAAUGCCUAGAGUAUGAGGAGAAAACCCAGGUCAAGCCCACCUUCAGCUCAGUCAUCAAGGAUGUGGAGGUGGUGGAGGGGAGCGCAGCCAGAUUUGACUGCAAGAUCGAGGGUAAUGUCUCACAACCUCUUCAUUUACAUACAUCACAAUCUCCUAAUUUACGUAUACGUACGUCACAAGUGUUGAAUCCAUUCAUCUGCCAUGAAGUCCAUCAACCAAACAAUAGGACAAUAUAUUUUUAGCAAAUCAAAUCAUUGAAUUUGUCACAUACACGUGUUUAGCAGAUAUUAUUAUUAUUAUUAUUAAUAUGCCAUUUAGCAGAUGCUUUUAUCCAAAGCGACUUACAGUCAUGCGUGCAUACAUUUUUGUGUAUGGGUGGUCCCGGGGAUCGAACCCACUACCCUGGCGUUACAAGCGCCGUACUCUACCAGCUGAGCUACAGAGGACCACACAGAUGUUAUUGCGGGUGUAGCGAAAUGCUUGUGCUUCUAGCUCCGACAGUGCAGUAAUAUCUAACAAGUAAUAUCUAACAAUUUCACAACAUAUACCCUAUACACACAAAUCUAGUAAGGAAUGGAAUUUAGGAAUAUAUACAUAUAUGGACAAGCAAUGACAGAGCGGCAUGGACUAAAAUACAGUAGAAUAUUAUAGAAUAGAGUACAGUAUAUACAUAUGAGAUGAGUAGUGCAAGAUAUGUAAACAUUAUUAAAGUGACUAGUGUUCCAUUUCUUAAAGUGGCCAGUGAUUUCAAUAGGCAACAGCAGCCUCUAAUGUGCUAGUGAUGGCUAUUUAACAGUCUGAUGGCCUUGAAAUAGAAGCUAUUUUUCAUUCUCUCUGUCCCAGCUUUGAUGCAUCUGUACUGACCUCGCCUUCUGGAUGAUAGCGGCCUUCCUUUUUGGCCUUCCUGUGACAUCGGGUGAUGUAGGUGUCUUGGAGGGCGGGUAGUUUGCCCCCGGUAAUGCGUUCGGCAGACCGCACCACCCUCUGGAGAGCCCUGUGGUUGCGGGCGGUGCAAUUGCCGUACCAGGCGGUGAUAUAGCCCGACCGGAUGCUCUCAAUUGUGCAUCUGUAAAAAUGUGUGAGGGUUUUAGGUGCCAAGCCAAAUUUCUUCAGCCUCCUGAGGUUGAAGAGGCUCUGUUGCACCUUCUUCACCACACUGUCUGCGUGGGUGGACCAUUUCAGUUUGUCAGUGAUGUGUACGCCAAGGAACUUGAAGCUUUCCACAUUCUCCACUGCAGUCCCGUCGAUGUGGAUAGGGGGGUGCACCCUCUGGUGUUACCUGAAGUCCACGAUCAUCUCCUUUGUUUUGUUGACGUUGAGUGAGAGGUUAUUUUCCUGGCACCACACUCCCAGAGCCCUCACCUCCUCCCUGUAGGCGGUCUCGUCAUUGUUGGUAAUCAAGCCUACUACUGUUGUGUCGUCUGCAAACUUGAUGAUUGAGUUGGAGGCGUACUUGGCCACGCAGUCAUGGGUGAACAGGGAGUACAGGAGGGGGCUGAGCAUGCAUCCUUGUGGGGCCCCAGUGUUGAGUAUCAGCGAAGUGGAGAUGUUGUUUCCUACCUUCACCACCUGGGGGCGGUCCGUCAGGAAGUCCAGGACCCAGUUGCACAGGGCGGAGUUCAGACCCAGGGCCUCAAGCUUAAUGAUGAGCUUGGAGGGUACUAUGGUGUUGAAUGCUGAGCUAUAGUCAAUGAACAGCAUUCUUACAUGGGUAUUCCUCUUGUCCAGAUGGGAUAGGGCAGUGUGCAGUGUGAUGGCGAUUGCAUCGUCUGUGGAUCUAUUGGGGCGGUAAGCAAAUUUAAGUGGGUCUAGGGUGACAGGUAAGGUAGAGGUGAUAUGAUCAUUGACUAGUCUCUCAAAGCACUUCAUGAUGACAGAGGUGAGUGCUACGGGGUGAUAGUCAUUUAGUUCAGUUACCUUUGCUUUCUUGGGUACAGGAACAAUGGUGGCCAUCUUGAAGCAUGUGGGAACAGCAGACUGGGAAAGGGAGAGAUUGAAUAUGUCGGUAAACACACCAGCCAGCUGAUCUGCGCAUGCUCUGAGGACCCGGCUUGGGAUGCCGUCUGGGCCGGCAGACUUGCGGGGGUUAACAUGCUUAAAUGUCUUACUCACGUCGGCCAUGGAGAAGGAGAGGCCACAGUCCUUGGUAGUGGGCCUCGUCGGUGGCACUGUGUUAUCCUCAAAGCGGGUGAAGAAGGUGUUUAGCUUGUCUGGAAAUGAGACGUCGGUGUCGGCGACAUGGCUGGUUUUCCUUUUGUAGUCCGUGAUUGUCUGUAGACCAUGCCACAUACGUCUCGUGUCUGAGCCGUUGAAUUGCGACUCCACUUUGUCUCUAUACUGAUGUUUUGCCAGUUUAAUUGCCUUGCGGAGUGCGUAGCUACACUGUUUGUAUUCUGCCAUAUUCCCAGUCACCUUGCCAUGUUUAAAUGCGGUGGUUCACGCUUUCAGUUUUGCGCGAAUGCUGCCAUCUAUCCACGGUUUCUGGUUAGGGUAGGUUUUAAGAGUCACAGUUGGCACAACAUCACCUAUACACUUCCUGAUAAACUCAGUCACCGUUUCAGUGAAUUCAUCUAAAUUAUUUUCGCAAGCUACCCGGAACAUAUCCCAGUCCGCGUGAUCAAAACAAUCUUGAAGUUUGGAUUCCAAUUGGUCAGACCAGCGUUGAACAGUCCUUAGCACGGGUCCAUAGCACACAUAGUGUAAGCUUUGCUCUCAAUGGUUGUCCAUAGACGUAGGUCAGUAAACCAGGAUUAACGACAACAAGGUCAUCUGUUUCAUCCCAUUUGUAUUUCUAAUACCACCUACAUCCUAUGACUACCCAAUGAGACACACCUUGCAUCCCAAAUGGCACUCUAUUCCCUAUAUAGUGCACUACUUUUGACCAGAGCCCCAUGGGCCUGGGUCAAAAGUAGUGCACUAUACAGGGAAUAGGGGGUGACAUUUGAGACACAUCUACAGUAUAAAGAUUGUUUGUGUUUUCCCAGGCUACCCUGAUCCAGAGGUGGUGUGGUACAAAGACGAACAGCCGAUCAAAGAAACGCGCCACUUCCAGAUCGAUUACGACGAGGAGGGCAACUGCAGCCUGGUGAUCUCGGAAGUGAACGGCGACGACGAUGCCAAAUACACUGUCAAGGCUGUCAACAGCCUGGGCGAGGCCACAUGCACAGCCGAACUCCUGGUGGAGGUGAUGGCGGAGGAGGAGGAGGAGGAGGAGGAGGAAUGA